UCUGCGUGUUUUCAUUUUUUUUUUAAACCUCCGUCUUCUCGCUUCACGUGGUUUUUUCUGCAAGUGCUGGGACAUUUUAUAUUAAGUCUUUUAAAUGGCACCCACAAGGCGGCGGCGCCUUGUGCCUUGCUUUUUGGGGAUACUCCUGAAUGCUUUAAUCGGUAAGUGGCAUUACCCUGCAACGGGAGGAGAGAGUAGAAGGUGCAGGGGUGUGAGAGCUUUGUGGAGGACAGGCUGCUGGUUGUAUGCAGCUAUCCGGAGCUUGCUGCAUGCUGCAGGCAGAGAGGGGGUACGCUGCUGACCACUAACCCUGAACUUGGCCCCUCUGCUGUGUCUGUUAGUGUUUCAGGCUGCAGAUGCCAACAUAAAGAUUAGAGCUGUAACCCUGUAGGCUGCAGAAUACCUUACAGCAGGUUACACAUUACCCAGGAGUCAUGCGUGAAAAGUUGGAGUUGUUGCAUCCUCAGAACUUGGUUGUUUUGCAGCCUGUAUUUGCGCACAUGUUCAAAAUUAAGAUCGUAAAUGAGCUCUUAGGUGUGCAGAGAGCACCACUAUAUUACACGUGCACAAAGGGUCGUAGGGUUUCUUUUUACAUUUGGAAAGGGUUUGUCGCUGUUUAUCAUGCAAUGUCUUGACUUUGUCUUCAAACUGCAGAAAGCAUUGACUGCUCUUGUCUGUUGUAGUAUGUUAUUUGCUGAUCCUCUUGUACUAAGGUGUUUCUGUAAGAGUGCUGCAGAGCCAGAGCCACUCUCCUCUCUGUUAUUGUUAAUCACAUGGUCUCAGUAUCACAAAUCAGCACUGAGAAGAAUUAGGGCAAACUGCUGUAAUAGCCUGAAACUUCUUCAAACCAGUGAGAGUCCUUUUAAUGCCAAAAAGUACUUAAAUUGAAGUUUGCUGUUGCCUAUAGAUGGAAAAAGUCAUCAAGUUUGUCUUUUUUCAAUCCUAGAUCAUGUUAAAAAUGUUGUACCUUCACCAAGAGGUUGAGUUUUAUUUCAUAUCAGGGGACUUCUUAGAUAGAUGGAGUUCCUGCAUGGCCAGUCCAAACAUCAGACUGCCCUGUGGUUGGCUGAAAUGACAGUGGUUAUUGCUCUAGGGAUAGAUUAAAAGACGGUAGUUAUUGCCUGCUGGGGAGAAUAUUUGUACAGAUUAAAUGUCAAGACUGUCCCUCUCCUCCUUUUCAAAUCUUCCCUUUUUUUUGCCCUUUGUUCACCAUGAUAGACAGUUUCUCUCUCUAUGUGGGGCCCCUGUAAUUCAAAGGCAGGAGAGAGUAUUGAGUAUUUGCAAAGCAUACCACACAGGGGCCGACAAAGGCCCCCACUGGAAUCAUAAAGGCUCGUACACAGUGGUUCAUAACAUGUUCAGUCAGGGGAAUGGGAACAAAAACUUGAGAAAUACGGCGCGGUGAUGGAUGGAGUUCCAAUCUACCCAUCGCUUUAAAGAGAUGAAGCUCUUUCAAGUGAUUGUCUGCAUUAGAGAUUAGAUUCUGUUAAGAUAUCAACGCUUUUUAUGACAAUAGCUGCAGUUGAUAAGAAUGGGGAAAAAAAGCAAUAAGUAGAAGAAUCUCCGAGCGAGAUCUCAUAUAAUCUGGAGAGCUCAAACUCCAAUCAGAUUACACGCUCCAGAUCCUCAAGGAGAUGGAAUGAUACGUCGAUUAAAGCCUGGUUGUUUGUUUUGAAUGCAGACCGAGUUUGCGUUUUUGUUCAGUAAAAGAGGCGAGUGUCAGAGAGAAGUCAGAUGGACACCUGUUUGAGUGAAGUUUGUGCAGAAAGUGGAGUAAACAGUCGAGCCAGUUGAAGUGUGCGGCAGCUGCCCAGUAUCUGUUAUCAUGCAAACAUAUGGACUAUUUCUCACAUUUCUUCUGUUGCAUUUUUCUCUGUAGCCUGAAGUACUGACCUUUCUGUUCAAACCAGAACUGCUGCUGGUGUACAUGUAAAAUCAAAUGCUCAUAUGCAUAACAGUAGAAAACAGGAGUAUUGAUUAAUAAUUUAUCACAGUCAAACCUAUAGGAAGAAAUAUGAAUGCUGCUUGCAUAGUCUCUCCUUUGAAGAGUGAACAUAUUGCUUUUCCCCCCCUUACACUCCAUUUAAGAAACACAAACACUUACCAAAGUUCAAUUUUUAAUUUAUACUGAUGGCUCUCUGUUUUUUUAAUAAAUGCUCAAAUCUAAAUGCUAAUGUAGUGCUUGCUUUGCAUGUAUGCGUGCAGACACCGGUGAAGGAAUACUAAAGAUGGUCCGUUCCUAUUUCAUCACUCAUGUGAUAUAUAUCAUGCAUGCAUAAUUUCCUUUAGAGCAGAAGAGUUUCAUCCACACUUUUCUUCCAUCGAUUGAAGAAAAACCAGCAAUUUGUGUCCAGUGUUGUAAGAAAUGAGUAAGAUGAUGGAUGAAUUGACGACCUUGUAGCUGAAACGGGUGAAUGUGUGCGAGGAAAAAGUCAUUCAGCGUUAAAACUACUAUGUCCAUUCACACAACAUGUUAUAGCAUCUGUUUUAAAGUCCUUUUUAAAGACGCUGAAACAUUUAGAUAAAUUUUCUGAUGCCGAGCAGUUUUGUUGCUCAUCUUGUUGCAUGCAAAAAGUCUGUGGUAUGUCCUAAGCUCACUCCAUCCGUCUGUUACCCACAUCUGUCCGUCAGUAGCUGCUGUGUGAUCCUCCCCUUGCCGUGGCAGCAGUAAACCUCAGUGCCAGCCAGCCACACUUAUCUGUCAGUGGUAAGCCAGAGCAUGAGCCACACUUAGCCAACACUUGUCUCUGGUCUCAGCCGGUAAUCCUGCAAGCCAGUGUCUCUUUCCUCCGCAUGGAAAUGGCAUUAGGCUAUGUGUCAGUGUCUGUGUGUGUGCCCCUGUGUGUGUGUCUGUCUCCUUAUCUAACCGUGAAAAUCCACGCCUGUAUAGAUUAAUGUCUGCGAACAUGUGUUUUUUGUGGAAAGGCGUGUUUCUGCCACUCUCCAGCUGUACUCGCCUGUUUCUGCUCAUUUUGGAUGCUUUGGACUGUUCUUCACUUAUUUUUGUUUUUGUUAACUUAAAGUUCCUGUGCGGGACUUUAAGUUUGUCGAACUUUGGCACCUUUUUGUUCUCAAACAGUUCCUCUGAUCUAAAGAAAAGGCUUUUUUUUUUGGAGCAUACAGUCAAUCCCUUUGUGUGAUGCCUAGUUGCAGUUGUCUAAGACCGUAAUAUUUACAAUGUUGAAAUAAUCGGUCUUGCUGAUGAUGAUCUGGUUUGUUUAACUUUAACUUUAAGUCUGUUUCAUCACCAUCUUAAAACUUCACACUUUGAGAAGAGAAGUUAGAGGCUUUAAAAGUUAACAGACAUUUAUUCAAGCAUUUCAAUCCACCCAAUUCUUUUCUAACAUCACAAAAAGUACUCCAUGUGCCAAAAAGUCCAGUAAACAACAAAGUUUGCCUCCUCUUCGUAAUUUCCUCUUACCUGUUUGUAACCAUGUACCCACCCAGAGGUCGGGAUUGCAUUAGCCAGUCACUCUGGCAACAUCCUUUAUUCAUUAGGAAAGCCAAAGCCCAGGAAGCUUACAUUGUUCUAGCUAAUGGAAGAAAACUCGGUUUAAUUGAAGUCAUGAGGAAGUAUACAACAUCAAUGAAGCUGCUUAAUCAGCUCCAAAUCAAUGGCAGUGUAGCACACAGAGCUGAUUUCUUAUCAUCCUGUUUGCUACCGGGCUGGAGAACGCUAACUAAUGCUGAUGGACAGUUCUGAGAAUGAUAAAAAAAAUCCUCAUAUCCACUCAGCAGGGGGUUAAAUAUCGACACUUUCCUGUCUUUUACAUCCUCAAAUUUCUUCAGAGGCACGUUGCUUGCUUUGAGAAUGAUCACUAUUUGGAUUAAAGUACGAGGUUUGACUGACUGGAUGUGUGGCCCCGGGCUCCAGUGUGCUCUUUUAUCUCUGCUGUGUGAAAAUUUGUGAUCUCUCUUGGACCAGAGCAGAGGGAGCUCUGUGGGGCAGCAUCAUUUUGGAGAGCAGAAGCCCAGGCAGCAGGAUCACCGCCUGCCAGCUAAGGGUUAAAUAUUUCUCCACCACCACCACCACCACCCCCUCGUUUUUCACAAGUGGUAGCACUGAUGUCUCUCUGGUCCCAUGGUCAUUUACUUACCCUGCUUGUUGAGUGAAAAAAAGAGGAGGGGGGGCUUAUAAAGAAAGAAUACAGAGCAAAAAAAAAGGGGGACAGGAAACGUUUCUCCGCAUUAUGCUUCAUAUGUGAUCUUCAUGUGUCAAAGACUUCCUUGUCUUCACCUAAGGGAAAGUAUUCCUCGGCUGGAAUUCCAGGGAUGAAGCAGGAGGUUCUCUGUGUUGACCCUUGUGCUCUGCUCCCCCCCCUGCUUCCCUCCGCUGCCCUCCCCUAGCCCCCCUCGCACCAGAUUCCAGGGCCUGGGGCAGGGACUGGUAGUGCUUAGUCCAUCAGCAGCUGAAAUGUGAUACCAAGAGAGCCCGCUAAGCUCCUCUUUUAUAGUACCAAGUCAGGUCAGGCUGUUUACAUCCUUUAUUUAUUGUUCUCCUGGUCCCCCCUCUUUACCCCCACAAAGACAAAACAUCAGAUCUCCUAUAAAGCAGGAAGCAUCACCACAAACUAAUAUGACGGAGCUCAAGCUGUUAGUCUUACACUGUGUACAAGAAACACUGAUAUCAUAGAGGCAAAUUUGCUGCCACUUGUCAGCUGGUAAAGCACAUACAAGACCAUGCAUUUGUGUGUGUGUGUGUGUCUCCAUAAUACAUAAGUGCACAUGCUCUGUCCGAUUCAAUCUAUGGCCCAUGAAUUCCCUUGUGACUGUAGCCUAGAGGAAGAUCAGUCAAGGCUUUUUAUUCAUCAGCUGUAAGGCGAGUAGUGCUGCUUAUACAACAUCAAGGUGCAUUCUUCAUGUAUGAUUAAAUGCAGGCUAUUACUUAGGUCGCAAUCCUUGCAUUCCUUCAUGACACAGUGUGGUAAAACUACAAGUAGGUUUGCAAUAGGAGCAAAAGGAAAAGAAAAACAGUCAAUAUCCAGUCAUACAUAUUUGAAAUAAACAAGUUGUGUGGAAAAGAAUCCGUGUAAGUCAAACAAUAUAUAUUACAUAAGUGUGUCUGAGAGGAAUUGAUCAACUCCUGCCCAGGUCUCCAUCUACUCAACAAUACUACAAUUUACAGUUUCAAUGAGAGCAAAUAAAAAACUAACCAACUACCCUAUUUGCAUUUAAAUUAAAGGGAUAUUCCGGCGUAAAACUAAUUUAGGGUCAAACACACCGUAACAAUGAGUUAGACACCUCCUCGAGAAAUGAAUGUUGCCGACCGCUUGCUUCUCUAGUUAUACCAACUUUAGUAACGACCGCAGGAUAGCAAUACACAGCGGUCUGAGGAGUCACACACAAACCUCAACCAAAACGCCACUUUAUAACCACAAAUAAUGCUCAGAACAGCACCUAACUUCAUCAACAGUACAUAUAGGGUCCCAGCCACAGUACUAGCCACCAAAUUUUUUAACUUUGCCUGAUUUCUUUAGCAAAGAGACUAAACACAACUCACCUACUCUCUUCCAGCAGCCGCUUAUCUGUAGCGAGACCUUGAGCCAGUCCAUUACGGACUGCUGCGGGGUGUCAAGGAGAAACAUUUAUGAUCAUUUCGUCGUGGAAUUGCAAUCAGACCGAGACGCUAAGGCAGAAGAACUACCACGUCUGCAGUGCAAAAUGAUCAAUAUGGUGAUUAUUACUUCAAGGAAAUGAUAAAGUAAUGAUCAUAAAUGUUCCUCCUUGAGCUGCGUCACCCCACUGUAGUCCGUAUUGAACUGGUUUGAGGUCUCGCUACAAACAAGUGGCUGCUGGAGGAGAGUAGGUGAGUUGUGUUUAGUCUCUUUGCUAAAGAAAUUCAGCAAAGUUAAAAGGAUAUUUGGUGGCUAGUGCUGUGGCUGGGACCCUAUAUGUCCUGUUGAUGAAGUUAGGUGCUGUUCUCAGCAUCAUUUGUGGCUAUAGAGUGGCGUUUUGGUUGAGGUUUGUUUAUGGCUCCUCAGACCGCUGUGUAUUGCUAUCGUGUGGUUGUUACUAAAGUUGGUAUAACUAGGGAAAGCAAGCGGUCAGCAACAUUCAUCUAACUCGUUGUUACGGCGUGUUUGACCCUAAAUUAAUUUUACUCCGGAAUAUCUCUUUAAAUUAAGUUUAUUUGUGCCCAAAUGUAACUGCAGACCUUAAAAAAAACAUGUGACUGCAUUUGCUGUAAGGGCUCCAUAGCUCUGGGACUGCCUUUAUGAUUUGAUGUAGAGUGCACAAACAUGAUGCUAGCAUGGUCGUGUAGCGUGAUCGUACAUCAGCUUACCCUCCUCUCUGCAGUCACUGAGUCUUUUUUUAAGAGAGAUGACUUUCCCGACUCUCUAACAUUAGAUUUGAAAUAUCUCAGGUGAGUGUGGUAGCAUACUGCUGUAUUUAAAUGUAGCUGUAAAACAGAUUUAUAUACACGCUUAUGCUGUAUAGUUAUCUUUAUGUAGGGCCUUUACUGGAUAGGGACCCCCCUGGAGAAAAUAAAGGGAUAGAUCGUAGAAUAAAGCUGUCAAAUCUGGCCUCUUUUUAACUUUCCCCAAGCUCCAAUUGAGUUUAACAAUUCAAGCUGCAAUGAAAACUGUGCGAUUAAAAAGCUCGUUUGUGCCCCCUGAGUCAAAUUUUGGUUCAACGCAGAUUUUUUAAAACAGUCUUAUUUGAAUAAACGUGACUUUCUGGUUACCAAUCAUGCGUCUUUGUGUCUCUAGGUGUCAUGUGCGAAGCAGAGCUCUCCUUCACCCUGGAGCCCAGUGACAUCAUCGCUGUACAGGAGCAGCCCCUCAUGCUCCAUUGCCAGGUGGACGGCAUCCCCCCUAUCACGACUCAGUGGAGGCACAACGGCCUGCUUGUAACUCAGGAUCAGCAUCACACCACCUUUAUCAAUGGCUCACUCCUCAUCGGCCACUUCCUGAAGACCAAAUCUGACGGCUCAUCUGACGAGGGAGACUACGAGUGUGUGGCCCAGAAUUCCUUUGGGUUGGUGGUGAGCCGGAAGGCCCGUAUUCAGGCAGCAAGUAAGUCUAUUUUUGUGUGUUAACGUGCAUGCAUGAAAAUGUGUUCUCUGCAGUGGGAAUACAAGCAUUCACAAUGAUCCUGAUCAAAGGUUUACAUUUGGAAAAACAUGCUCAUUCCCUCGUUGCUGAGAGUUGAAUGUCAUUUUCUCUCAUCACAUCUGUUGAGUGUAGGCAACGUUAGCUUUUUAUUAGCUCUUCUAUUGAGGUUUGAAAUCUAUUCAACAUGUCUAAAUGUGUGUAUCAUCCAUGAGAUUACUUACCAGGGAUUUCCACCGCAUCUCAAACGGCUCCGAUCCAAUUCCUACUGGAUCCGUUUGUGAGCCGAAUUUCAUGGCGGAUUACCAAAAGCAGGAAUCGCGAGAACUAACAAGAACCCGCGGAUUCACGUGCAAUCGUGCGAUAACAAGUUGUCUUUAGCCACACAGGCUAACAAUAAAAGCAGAAGAUUAAGUCCUUUCAGAGGAGGAAAUCUACUUCUAGACUUCUAAUAUCAGUAUCACCUCAUCCAUGGUGUCAUCGGGGUAAAAUGCCGUCUAAAAACCUUUCACUUGCUUGUCCCGCCUGUGGUAUGAAAUACGAUCCACCCGAAAAACAGAGUGUUUUAUUUUGAAAAGAAGCCGUAUGUUUUGUUUUGUGUCUGUGCCCGACUUCUUUUCCAGCACGGACUAAUCUAUGUCCAAUUUAUCCAGCAUGCUCCGGCGACGAUCAGCCAUGAUCGGCGGAUACAGCCUUUUUCGUAGCCGUUCCGGAUGUGGUGGAAAUUGGGGUUUAGGCAGUGAACAUUUCAGAAGCUUCAGUUUUUUUUUAUUGAUUCUUUAAACCUUAACAUUUAAUCUUAAUAAGACAUCACCUCAGCUUGUCUGGGCCUGAUUGUGUUGUCUUUAUGCAAACACCCAAGCGUCAGACAAUGAUUGAGCAUCACAGAUAUGACACGAGCGUUGCUUGUUAUCAGUGUUCUCUCUAAAUGUAAACACUGUAAUUGAAUAUUACUCUGAAUAAUCAUUCUUCAGUGUUGUCCCAGUCAUGGGGGUAUUACUGUGCUGUAAAUGUACUUAAUAUCCCCAGCUGUGGAGUCAUUUGAAUAUUUUAAUAUCAUUCUCUCUGUGUAAUGAACUUUCUGAUGCUCAUCUACAGAGCUGCUUAAAAAUGCAAGCCUUUGAGUUUAGCUUUAACAAGCACUCAUGCUGGGAGUCUCCAAGCUGCUUUGUGAGAGUGCAAUGAGCUCCAAGCAACCCAGCAGCACACUCACUGGUGUGUUUGGUGAGGCAUCAAGAUAGAUUUUCCCUGGCCUGACCACCAAAUCUCUUAUUUGAAGUCCAGUUCAACGUUAAGCUCUCAGCAUUGUUGCCAUGGUUAAUUUACAACAUUUUUAUCACAUGGCAGCGAGACAGCGUGAAGCUCUGCUCUUUUGUUGUUUCUCACACACAAACAGGCCAUCUCUGGACUUAUUUAAAUCAAAGCGGAGUUGAGGAUGAGCACAUUCCUCCGAGGACACGUUGAAAUGUUGCAGCAGAUACGCUCCCGCUCCUCACUGUGCUGAGUUAAGAUUCUCUGAACGCUCAGUUAUAUAUAUAUAUUCAGUAAGUGAGCGAUGGACAAAGGCUGGCAGAAGCCUGUUGAUCCCCAGGCUGUGUGUAGACAGCACACUGCUGUGCUGUUGUGGCCAAUACAGCUUUACUACUCUGUGGGAUAGGAAGGUUAGCAUGGAUGUCUUACUGGCCUAAGGGAAAAGUCACUGCGGCUCAGUGGCUGGCGCUGUCUAACAAAGUCAACCUUUUAAGGCCUCCCAAUAGAGUCAUUCUUUCAAAAGGUCAGUCUGCAGCUGCUGCUUUAGCACCUUUUUUAUUCUGCAUCAGGGAAAUAUCAUGUCAGAUUUGGUCACCAUAUUUUUGAUAUCUUAUAGACGUCCUUUGACAGAGGAAAAUGAAAAUCCUUGGAUUUGUGAAUUGAGAGUUCACCUCCUCAGCAUUUAUCUGGAGGAUUUUCACUGAAGGAUUGGACUCAAUAUUUUUGAUAUCUAAUAUAGUUCACUUGUUGCUCAGUUGCUCUCAGUAUUUUUUAUGGAUUUUUUUUAUCUGAAAGUCAGUUUGAUGUGCUUUACAGUAAGGUCAUCAGUCGGGGUUGUGGGAGCUAAGUCAAUACUUGAAGCUACUGAGAUGCUUGACCCAGAGUAAUGUGGUUGAUGCGCUACUGAGUUUUACCGUGAGUUUUGAUGAUCAGUAGAAGUCCGGACGCUGUUCCUCAGAUGCAGCAAACAAAAAUUUAUUGCGAUAAAUAUACCCUAAAUCAAGUUUGCAAUUGAUAUCUGAACAAGCAAGAAACUGCCGGCAUUUAGCACCACGGCGGUCAAAAACCUUUCGCCCUUCUGUGUCAAACACCUGCCCACAACAUUGACAUGGCUACCCUGAGCCCUACAUAACAAGACAGCAACACCCAAGGCACACAAAGUGAACUGCAACUCAUUAUAUGGUAUCACAUCAACAUAUUUGGCUCCUACAAGGGUCAUGGGCUGUGUGAAAUAUACAGCCACUGUUUUCUGAAGAUGCAUUGGAAGCCAAACUGGUGGAAAUGCUGACUCAGCAUGGCUUUUGGUGAGCCUAGAAACUGACAAGCUGACGAGCAAACUGCAAUUAUGCAACAGUCUCUUUAACUUCACUCUAUCUGCAUCUUUGAAAUCGAUGAUUCUUGUUAUAAAAUGUGUCUGAAUAGAAAAUGAGCUGUUCAGACCCAAACUGUUUUUCCUAUCAGGCUGUAAACAUCUAAACUUUUUGACAUGGGUGUUAAUUAGGAUUCCUGAACUUCUGACACUGAAGGAACUGCAGUGUUGUCACAUUUCAGCAGAGGAGUUUGCAGAAGGUUGGUGUUCACUCAGGGAUGUAUUCAGUACUUUAGUGUGAGACAUUGAUUUGUUGGUUUUGGUUUGUAAGGUAAAGAGAGGUCUGGAUUGCUCAAUGUCUCUGCAACUCUGUAAUUCAAGAUAUCUGCUUAAUCAAUGUUUUGUUUUGUUUUUUUUACAAAUUGGCAUGCAAACUUAAGGGCAUGACUGACUCACUGUGAUUCCCAUGCACACAUUUGCAGUGUGUAAUGUAAUUCAUUUCUAAGGCCUCACCCAACCGCGCUGGAUUUAGCCUCAUUAAGGAAUCUCUCGAUGUGAUAUUUGGUUUUAUCUUCAGCAUGAAAAUGAGGAAAUAUUGGAGGGUAGCACAGUCCUCUGUCAUUCUGUCACUCUGCCAUCUGUUGCUGAAACAUUGAAUAUGGAAUGUGAUACAGUGUGAAUACAGAUGAAGUCACUGUGAAUGAACCAGACAUGGUACAUGCUUCAAGUUCAAAAGCACUGGUGGUGAAAUGACUUUGUUUUGACUGGGCUUUCCCCCCCGGCUGACCUUCUCCUGCUUUUGACUUGUAUUCAUUAGGCGGGGAUAUUAAGGAUUACCAAAAGUCACAUUCUGACCUCUGACCUCUGACCUCGUGGGUUGUGUUGAUUGUUUUUUUGUUUUUUUUUUGGAGGGGUGUUGAGUGAGUCUAGGCUCUGAUAUAAUGCCACUCUCUCCUCCUUAGUAAAGCUUAGUGUCUUUCAGCUGCAGAUAGAAGUCAGCUCUGGUAAUAAUCCUCUAGAGAGUCUUCACUUGAACUCAGAGAUAACAACUUCUCUUCACAGGAGAUGUCCCUGUGUUACCCAUCACUGCUCACUAAUGCCUUCAGCAGUUUGGAAAAUUCUCAUCAAAAAGUUAAUGUUGGUAUUUCACUUUAGAUCUCACUAUAAUUGGAGUUUUAUAUGUUGGACUUUUUUAUUCAUUAUUAGAUAAAUGAGUCUUUUAUUGCACCACAUGUUGUGGUGGUUGAUAUGCAGUUUUUCCCACUUAAGGUUAUCUUGAAAAGGCUUUUUACUUUUUUAGUUCUUUGACUCUAACACUCCUCAGAUGCUCAAUAUUUGCAGAGUAAAAAGUGUCUCUCUUUUGGCAACGCCUCAGUUUAUCAAUCACUUUAUUUCUGGAAGAGGUAGGAGAAAAAAUCAAUACAGUGGAGUAUCACGGUAUUUUGUUAGGUGAUUUAUUCUAUCACCUCAUUUAUCAAGUAUCGAUUUUUCAAAUUAAUUGCUAAUAUGAAAUCAAAUCUAUGAUGGUGAAAAAUAAAAUCAACAGUUUGUCCAGUGAGGUUAGCAGAGGUGACAUCAUGGAGCAGGAGAAAGUUAGUGCAGCAAAUACAUAUAAGGUUUACAAGAUGUGCUACAUGAAAAUAAAAUACAGUGUAAAAAAGACAAACAUAAAGGAAAGCCAAAUGCUAAAUUAACUAAACAGUCGAAAAUAUUGUAUAAAUUGCCAUAUAUUGUAUGGCAAUACUCACUGUUUUGCAAAAUGUUAAAAGGAGCAAUAAUAUCAUAUCGUCGCCCAAGUAUCGUGAUAAUAUCGCAUUGUGCGGCCAUUAGUGAUUACCACCUAUAAUUUCUGGUCAUGAUUUAUGUGUCGCUGGCAGGUUUGUGUUUAUGUCGCUGAUUUACGUUUUGCUGGCAGGUGCUCAAAACCUGACCUGUUGCUACUCUGGAUAAGCGGUGAAGUUGAUUAUCAGCUGUGAUCCAACAUGAACGCCACACACAUGAAGUAUAUUUUCUACAGGUGUUUGGACUGUCCCUGGUCCACUUCAUUCUCCCCUGGCCCACCAGACUUUAGCAUAGUGUGAAAAUUAUUCAAGAUCCACUGUUUUCACUUUAUUUAUGAAGAGAAAUGGCCCAAAACCAUUAAAUGCGCUCCUCACACAGCUCAUUGACUGCUGUUUGUUUCUUGUUCUGUUCCAAGUGUUUGUUAAUGUUGUUGCUGUCUUUGUGUUUUGGAGGUAAUUUGCUGUGUUAUAGUUCCUCUUACAACAGAGCUCUGACUUGUACCACUGUGAUGCAAUGGGUGGUGUGAUUACUGAAACCUCUUUAUAGCCCUCCCAAUGGAUAAAGCCUCCAUCCUAACCCUCCACUCUAACUCCCUCUGUAUAUUUCACUUUUUAUUUGCUUGACAACCAUUUGUGUGAGCUCACUGUCGGGGGCUGGUGUUGGACGGACUCCCUGUUGACCCUUUAAAUCGGCGGUUGGUCCAGGAAGCUCUUUUUUCCCCUCCUCAGUGUUAUCUCUUUGAUGCUCUGUUACUCUCUCUCUCUCCAUCUCUCUCUCUCUCUCUCUCUCUCUCUCUCUCUCCCUCUCUCAGUUUUUCUCCGACCUCCUCAUUAGCUUACGUUCAGGAAGCUUUUCAUCAUUCGGAUGAAUGACAAGCCUGGUACAGUGGACCCGUCCGGGGCUCCUGCCCCUCCCCCACUGCACACCCGCGUCACCAGGCAACGCACCACAAAGGCCCCCCUGUUACAAAAUAGCUUUUAGGAUCAAUUGAAAUGACUUGCUUUUGUCUGUUUGUCUGGAAUUAAUUGGAAAGAGUUGAAGCUUUGUUCGGAAAUAAUUUUUUUCCCUCAAUCCUAUUCAUUUGAGGAGACAGCAAUUGACCUCAGGGACCGUUCAGAAAGAUUUGCAAACACAAUAUGAAGUGUGCUGAGAAAAGGCAAAGUCAGUGCAAACAUGAGGGGAGGGAAAACACAAAUGGUGAAAAAUACAACAAGUUCACGAAUCAGUGUGCAUCACCCAGUUAUUUAUUUUAUAGCUUGCUUACAUUUUAGAGCCUUUGGCUGCGGAAUGAUCAUUUCCACCUUGUUUAAUUCUCAGAUCGUCAUGGUGAAUUGUGCCGUCGUUAUAAUGGGCGGCUUUUGAAUGAGACUUUAAUGAAAAAGAGGAACCCAGGGGGCUGUAAAAGACGAAAUGGGAGAAGACAGAGGAUGCCUGUAAAAGUGUCUCACUUUAAACCCAUGCUGCUCAUUUGUGUGAAUUUAACUCCUGUCAAGAUGCAGAUGUAAAAAUGUGUGUGAUGUUGGCUAGGCAGCGUUUAUGUACAAAGUGCGUAGAGCUGUGGCAGGAGAUGAGAAGUUGCUCCGUGCCAGAUUUGAAAAGCUUGUGGAACAACUCAGAAAGCAGUUAGUGAGAGUGAUUUAUGGCAGGCUCACAUUGGCCUACGUGAGAGAGUGUGUGUGUACAUGUGCAUGCUUGUGUAUCUGGAGAGUUCAACGUCGGCUCUCCAUCACCCUUCAACCUUCCUGUCCACACCCCUUUCAUGGCCUCCUGCCGGGGUAAAUGCUGAAGCGCCAUCCUUGCAUCUCCUCGUCGCUGCCUUUGUCUACCAGCCAAACCCCGCCCUCCAUCUGCCCCCCUCGCUCCUGCUCCUGCUCCUGCUCCUGCUCCCUCUCCACCCAUUUACCACGAAGCAAGUCAUCUCUCUGUCAGAUAGAUUAGCCAGCUAAAUGUCAUAUAGGCUUGUUUGGACAUUUGAACAUGAAGCCUCUUAAUGUUUUCCUUUAAUCCUUGCAAAAUCAAGAUCGGGUCAUGCAGGAAAGAAAAAAAAAUCACCCGCAUGUUUGACACUGGAGCAUUAGCGACUUCAUCUGUCACCAUUUUUCAGCAAAUGUCAUGUGAUAUUGCCGUUUAAUUCCUCAAACAAACAAAGAAAAAAACUCUCCUCUCUCUGGUAUCACUCCUCUCAUUGAUAUUCCCGCCUUGGAAAGAUCACAUACUGUAGUUGUACAACACACGGACAUGGCCUAUAGCUGCCCUGCUCCUUCUUUUGGGCAGGUAUGUGAGCUGAUGUUAGACCAGAGUGUUCCCUCCUGGUGUGUGGUCAGCACUCCUCCAUCUGUCUGCCACCAUGUCAGAAGGAUUGGAGAAGAAAGGGCUUUUUUUUUUCUGCUGUUCUGAUGAGGUGUGCUAAAGGGAUGAGCGCUCUGACCUCUGCUGUGUAAUUACACUGAAACCACUGUAUUACUCUACACCUGCAGACCAACACUCUGAUCUUCCUGCCUGAUUCAGCAUGCUCAUUUAAGCUGAUUUAGAGUCAGUGCUGUGAAUAGGACAUUUUAAUUCCUGUCAUGCAGUGGCAAACGUCUUUCCAGAGUUGGUGGAAAGCUGGUCUGUUUCCGGUGUAAUGCACUGCAUGACAAAGGCAAGCAUGCAACUGUAGGUCUCUUCCUCCCAUGUCAGUGGAGAUGAUGUUUGUCCUCUAUAGGUUGUUUUUUCCAGGAGCUAAAUAAACAACAACAUAAAUGUCCCCAAAGGCAGCCCCGGAUAUUUGCAUUGACAAAUGUGAACGCUGGUCCGUCACUCCUGUGGGAAAGGGGCAGCGAGAAUAGCUAUUAUUUCUGAAGAUGACACAUCAUUGACCUUGUAGCAGUGGAAAAUCACCCAAGGGAUCCUAUACUGCCCAUAGUAUGCUGUAUUGUCUUAGUUUACUGUGUUAGUACUGUGUCAGUAGGGUGGAUAUGCUUUAUUCACUUGUCACUUAACUAAUGAUUAUAUAUGUAAUAAUCUUGACUGUAUGGGUGAUCCUGCAUCCAUCUUUUUUUUUCUAAUAAUCACGUAUUUUAAUCUAUGCAGAAAUAAACAGCUUAAACCAUCAAUUUCAGAGCACAGUUUGGGAUGUGCUUUAGUCUUGGGUUAUGAUGGAACAUCAGCCAUGCAUAUAUAUACAUUAAGAGCCAUAACAAUCUUCUUUCAUAGAGGAGCUGCUUUACAAUAUUGAGGCAUGGGCUGCUGUGUGCGGUAGAACAGGCCCCCUUAAUGCUCUAAAAAUAUCUGCCCGUGUAAAUAACAUCACUUGGCAAAUCAAUCCUCUAAACAGGGGAAGGAGUACUGAAGAGUGGUGCAACAGCCCGCUGAUGGAAAUAUUGAACUGCACAAACAAGCAUUUUGCUUAUUCCUUCAGGCGCAAUGUCUCCGUGUUUGACAUGGCUUUAAUCCUAUUUAUGUCUUUCCUGGAGUGAUAUAAUAACAAAUGCAGCAGUGUUACAUGUUUGUUUAUAUAAUGCCUUAAAAAAAAUAAACACAUUCCUGCCAAAGUGCUUUUCACACAAGAGAAAAACGCAGGAACACAAUGCACACAUCUGCAUUAUUUAUGAAAAGACAUAGAAAACACAUACAGGAGCAUGUAGGUUAAGGGAAUUGGCUACAUGUAAGUGCAAUGUAUGGAUGUAAGUGAACUAGAUAACCAACAUACAUUUUGAUGCAUGACACCCACUGGAGAAAUAAAUAAAAGAACCACAUAAACUGCAAAAAAUCAGUAAGUAACAAAAAAAUUCCUGAAAGCUAUUAACUAGCAAAAUUUUUAAAAAGUUCAUAAAUUAUCAUUAGCUGUUUUAGAGCUGGCUGAUACAGUAAUAAAUCAACAUUUACUUGUUUUUCAGAUUUGUUAACACAGCAGUAUCCACAUUUUCUAGCGGUAAUCAAUGAGAAAAUAUCAGAGGCCCGAGAAUACAACCCGGGGGAACCCCCAUACAAUAGCAGUGGGCACUUAAAUUUUACUAUGGAUCGAUGAGAGUGACGCUGAUCAGAUUCAAAACUGUGGUGGGUAGGGAUGUGCGCACGCUCAGAUGACUAGACAAUUAAGUGUUGUGGUCCUCUUGGGCACCGGAGUUACAUGUCGGUGGAACAAAUUGUGAAUAAUUUCUAUUACUGUUGGCCUGAAAUGAUGGUCAUAUGUCACACAUGUGUCUAAGCUGUUGCCCAGCUCAGUGUUCUGUAAAAUGCCAUGACUUUAAUGCUCCAAUACCCCGAUGUAACAAUAAUUUAACAAUGAAAAAUGAGAUUAAGCUCUAUAAAGGCUGUGUCUAACUUGACAUGCAUAUCAAGCAGGGGGAUGUGGACCUUAACCUACAAGGAGGAUUGGAUGCUUGUGGUGCUAGCUAUGCUAAUGACUUGGCAAACCAAUUUGGCAUUGUUUACACAGAGACUCUGUGCUCCUGUGUUUAGCCAUGUUGGACAAAUCAUGCUCAAAUUGACUUUUGUUGGGGUGUUUUCCCCCCUCUAGACCAGUCAGUGAGUUGGAAAUUAAAUUUCUGUUUAAACAACUAGGAAAUCGGUUGCUUUGUGACAUGCAUACUUGAACUACUCAAAGGGUUAUUUUGAUUUUAAUGAGAUCAGAAUAUAAACUCUUGAUUUGACAUUUUUUACAAAUCUAAUUGGCGAAAGGCUGGAGGAUGUGAGAUAUCACAAAUUAAAGCACAAAGGGAGCUGGAACUUUUAACAUAUUUUUUUUCCACACAGUCAUUUACAGUUGGUUUUAUCUCUUCUACAAAUUGUAUUAUUCUUCCCUAUGACCUGUGCUUUUCUGUGUAACAAGCAGACCGUUAGCCUUGAACCAGAAAACCUAUAAAGACAAUGGUAAACUCUCAUAACUGGAUGCGAUUCCAACUUUUCCAAUCAGCACUCCGGGGAAUCAAAGCCACUUUGUAAAAGAAAGUGGAAAAUAUAGAAUUAUCAAAACAGAAAUUUAUGCAGAAAAUGUCUUAAAAUGUGUCUGUGGUUAUCCUGUAUGAUAUUUGUAGGGGGAGUUCAUCAGAAGCGCGUCUAACCACCUGUGAUAAAAUGAGGAACAUUCAGGAUCUCGUGAGUUUAAAACAAAGAAGGUCUAAGUUGAAAUCCAAGUUCAAUGUUGGUAUUGUAACCUUGUUUGAAGUUUGUGGAGCAUGUGUGUGUUUGUCCAUGUGUCUGUCAAUGGAUGUGACCGUUGGGUAAAGUAAUGAAGUCCGCCUUGGUCUCCGGAUGUCUCUGGACCACCCCAGCUGUUCUCAAACAAACAAAUGAAAAGGGGGCCUAAAAUUCCUGCUCCCUACUUUUAAGGCACUCGGGAGGAAUUCCUCAGUAAUAGAGGUGAAAGGUGAAAGGAAGGAGAUCAGAGGCCAGGCCAAAGGUUGGACAGGGCGGACCGGUCUCCAAAAUACUGGAGUCUGGCCUUACAAUCUCGACACAGAGGUCCCGCUUUAAGUUUUACAAACCUCUUUUGAUCUCCUCCUCUGGUUUGAGCGUUUGGACUGAAGUCCUCGGGAGCGAAUAUCAAAAUAGCAUCUUGUUAAGUCGCCACUAUUUUUAGGUUUUAGCUUAAGGUUAGUUAACAGGGGAUCAAAUCUGUCAACAGAAGGUCCUCUUAAGGGUGGUAAAGCAAGAAAACGUGUGUCUGUGUGUUGGUGUUCCUAUGUGUUGAGCCUUUACCGGCGCUGGGCUAGCUCUUGCUGCUGCCCCGUCACCGCGCUUCACUACACUUAACAGAGCCUUUAUGGCCGGAUUGUGUAGUUAAAAUCCUUUACAGGGUCUGCACCAUCCACCAAUAAAAAGACCAAAACUCCCUCUUCCUGUCUUCUCUUUGGGCAGACAUUUUACUCUGCAUGUGUGAAGACGUAAUAAAGACAGAGACGGACAGGAGGUGGAGCCCGUGGUGGAUAUGAGUUAGUGUUAUUAGUAGAAGAGAUUAGACAUGAUAGAGUUAUCCUAACAUGUUAGUGUGCUCACAGUUGUUCAGUCACAGCCUCAUUCACAUAAACACACACACACACAGGGGCCCUCAGUUCAGUUUUCCAUUUUGUCAAAGCAGGGAUCAGGAAACGUCCCUGUGGUGGCCAAUAAGCAGAAGAGUCAAAGACAAAGGCCAGUCAGUGAUGGGCAGGCAGCAGCUCUCCUUUGGGCCUCAGCCACCUCGCCCAUCUCUGCCCUGUGUGUGUAUGUGUCUGUGUGUGUGUGUUUCUGUGUUGGGGCACCUCUCAGAGCAGAGCUGCACCUAUUGUUAGUUGUGAAAUGCAGGGCAGUGGAGUGGCUGGGAACAGGCAGAGGCAGCGGAGAUGUGCAGCCUCUGGUGGCACCGCUUUGUGCCGGUGGCCUGAGCGUUUGUUCUCCUGACCGACUCAGCUCGCUGUGGCUGAGGCCCCCUUUUGUCGCCGCUGACUCCGGGUUGGGUGUGUUUCCCCUUCUGCGUUCCCCCUCCUCCUCCUUCUCCCUCUGUUUCAGCAUUGACUCAGAAAUAGAGGGGUCAGAGGUUGUGAGGGGCUGGACGAUGGAAAGGGGGGUUUAUCUGGGAAACGGUGACCUUUUUGUGUGCACUAGGGCAGAAUACCCCUCCCUUUAAAAAAAAAAAAUAAUUCCCCUCCUAUUACGUCCCCCCCCUCCUUUAGCUCGGCCUCCUGCUCAUUCCCCAGUGGGGGCCCAUCCCCCUGUCUGAUGGCCCCGGGCCGUGGCAGUGACCUUGGCCAUGGCAAUGAAAUAAGGUGGCCCAAACCUGCCACAGAAACCUGGUUCUCCCCCUGCCCUUUAACAAACCCGCAACUCAGCAGCCUGCAAGAACAAGAGCUAAAUAAGCACAUUUUCACUCACUCAGAAAGAACAUUUAUUUGUCUCCGUCAUGCUUUCUGUUUUUCCUGCGAACACCUCCUCUCAUAGACUUAAGUGUGUGACCAUGUAACCAAGCAAAUCUUUACCUCUGUUAUUGCCAGACUUGUUUCAUGCAAUAGUCCUCCUGAUAAAUGCUUUAUACUGCAUGUAGCCUGAGGAGAUAUUUGUCUGUAUAUCAGCUUCUGCAUCCAAUUAAAUGCUCACAUUUAAUAUGAAAGAUUUAUCUUGAAGUCCUGUCUUCAGAGUGGAGUUUUCAGCUUGUAUGCAUACAUUGUUAUCAGCUUAGCAAUCACUUUCUUUAAUAAAGCAUUAAGUGCAAAAGGACACUGACUUAUUUGAGUCCGAUCUGAAAAGGUAAAAGCUAAUCUUAACUCUCUCCUCUGUGUGGUUGUCACACAGAGACAGAGCUCCUGAAGUGUGUGGGGUUAAAAGCCUGCCAGGCUCCAGUAUUUGGAGUCAGUCACCGGGGAUAAAAUGAAUUCCACAGGAACCAAUUAGAAGAGGUAGCUGCUGGCAUCGGAUGAAAGAUUUCUGGGAUCACCAAUUUCCUCCUGACAACCUGUUUGCAAAGUCUGUAGUUUUGUUAGCCGGCAUUACUUUUGGGAAUCUAACGAUGUGUACAACGCACAAUUCAAGCUGGAGAGAAAGACCAAAUUAGAGCUUCAAAAUUUUUAACAACCAAACAUUGUUGAGUAACCUCAGAAAACAUGAAACCUGAUAUAAAUUGGUAAAAUAAUAAACAAUGCCUUAUUUUAGAUUCAGUUUGACAGAUACUGUAUUUUUCGCACUAUAAGGCGCACCUGAUUAUAAGGCGCACCAUCAAUGAAUGCGUCUAUUCGCAUCUAUUUUCAUACAUAAGGUGCACCGUAUUAUAAAGCGCAUUAAGCCAAACAAAACAGUCAGAUAAGUCAAACUUUAUUUAACUCAUUAAAUAAGCUUCAGUGCUCCGACAAGCCAAAAAAAUACGUUAUAUGUUAUAGGUUUUGUCUAAUAUCUUAGCAUUGCUUUUGGAUUAUUUGUCAAAAUUUGAGAUUAUUUUUGCACGAGAUAAAGAAAUAAUUUUUUUUUACCAGUUUCUGACACUUUCCAGGGCGACUUAGAAGGUAAUCCUCUGACACAAACCGUAAUUGUAACCUGAAAUAUCAUCUGCAUUGAUUCAGUAUAAUAACACAUGAUAAAGUAUUCAGUUAUACCCUUAAUCAGGUUAUUUGCAAACAUAAGUCAAGAGUUAUCUUGAUAAUAGAGUUAAUUUAAUCGGGAUGGAGACGUGAGGUGACUUGGCAGCAUUAAUUUCGGUGAUUAAAGUGGCAGAGCGAGUAGGCCACAGCCAAGUGAGCUGCCAUCAGUAGAGCAGGCCGGGGUAGAUGAAAGUGGAGAGAAGCGGGGAGUAAAAUAGAUGGAGCAUGUGUCGGUGGUCUCAAAUGAUCUCUGGGCCCCUCUGGCUCUGGAGACUGGACCUUGAACCAGGAAGGAACAUUCCAUUCCGAUGCUGUGCCGCGACCUCCUGACCCCGCCAGCUUUGUUUCAAGGGCAGCUUUCGACAGGCAGCAGGAUGCAGAGCAACGGCUGCAGGCUUGCUUAGCAUGAAGAAGCGAGCCUUUACCGUUAGAGCAUGUCAGAAAACUACUCCCCUGACCCCAGACUCGUAAUUUCUCACUGUAACAUGCACAUUACCUGUGCUUAACAUCAAAUAAAUGCACUGACAUGGACAUGUGCGUCAGACACAGGCUUACGGUCAGUGACUGAACAUAUCUAGACAAGCUGCUCGUGAAAAAACAGCACACAUAUGCUCCUGAGGCUUUUUCCGUCUUUACAGCACAAUUGAAACAUUUAAUUCAAUUCUCACCUGAAGAGAUGUGCUGGCAUUUUUUUUUUAUCCAUCAUAAGAAACACUUCCACAGCCUUUCCUUUUAGUAGCUGCUCAGAGGAUGAGAUGUGUUUAUUUUAUGACCACAUAAAAUAUUUGUAUCAUCUGUCCAACUGCAGCCUUUAAUCAUAUUUAUGAAUGUAUCCCCGUGUUUUUUUUCUCUAUAGAAGUGGUUUCAUGUCAUGUGUUAGUGAGUUGUAAGGACGACCAUUUCAUUGCCGCAGUGUGAAAAGAUGAAACACGAUGCUAGUAGUGUAAUAGCCCUUUCCAUUUGCCAGCAUAGGCAUUAUUUGUGAGUGGGAAGACAGUUUUAGAGGGUUAGCUGGCUGAUGGCAGGUUGGAGGAGCCUGUGAUAUGUGCUUAUGUCUGACAGCUUCUAGUAGUGCUCCUCCCAUCCACUGCAGGGAAUAGUCCAGACAAGUGCAUGACAGUGAGAGAAACACCACUACAGGCUGUUAGCCUUUGUGUUUCAGGGACAACGUAUUACAUCAUAUCAAAACAUUUAUGUGUGAAUCAAGUAGUGCUUAGAAGCAUCUGUUGUGCUGACUCAGGGGUCACGGAAAAACUAACUCUAUGAGACUUAUUACAGUCUUCAUGGCAGGGCAGGGCGAUAUCGGAAAAAGUUUAUCACGCUAUAUUUUUUUCAUAUCAGUCAAUAUUGAUAUAUAUCAUGAUAUGAAAGUUGAAAUUUAACAGUGCUUAUUGGUAUUAUGUCUUUUGCAACACAGUACGCUACUGCAUCUGUGAGGUCUUUGUGUCUCUUGGACAUUUUGUUGUCAGGCGUUACUCUAGAGAAAACAGACUGAAUGGUUGGCUGUUUCGGCUGCACAGGCACCAUGGGCUCCUUGCAUCGCACGGGGUUUGUAACCUGUUGCGUUGCGCGUGCUCUGUCGCAUGGCACUGCUUCAGGUGGUGAAAAAGAUUUGAGGUGUUCCCCGACUUUGCGAGAACAUGUACUCGACAUAAUUUGCAGAAGACGUUACUCUGCUUCAUGUCCGACUUCAAAAAACCUAAAUACCUCCACACUACUGACGUUUUCAUGCCAGUGUUGUCGACAAUGCAACUCCUCUUUUUAUUGGCUGUUCAUAUAGUCUACCAAAACAUGGCAGAAUGCUGACUAUAGAAAAGCAUAUUGACCAUGUUUCAUAUUGAUAUUGAGGGAAAUUAACUUUCGAUAUAUAUUGUUGUUGUUUUAUCGCCCAGCCCUACUUCAUGAUAAUGAUAGUGAUUGGUAAUGUCUCUGUGCUCAAAAACAGGCAGUUCAGGGCUGGACAGAACUGAAUAAAACUGAUAAUCUUUCUGCAGUUUAUUGGGUUAUAAACAAAUACAAGAACUUCUAAAUUAAAAGUUUUUGUUGCACAAUUCUUCAGCUCUCUGUCUGCACCUCUGACAGCCCCAUGGAAAGGAAGAAGCAACAGUGACACAAAAUCUGCUUCACUUUGUUUACUGUAGGAAUGAACAUUGAAAUGAACAUUAUGCAUUCCCUUAACUCUCCAUCUGUGUUGUAGCAGCGCAGGCGAGAUGCAGCUUACAAUAGGAAUACAUUAAAUUAGAUUCUGCCUAGUAUAAUUGAGCGUCUAUCAUAAGCCCCAUGCUACAGGUCUGUGGCAGCAGCAGUGUGGCGUACAUGUUUACAUUUUACUGUCAUGUGGUACGUUCAUUAGUGAUGGGUGUAUCGACAGUAUAAUAUCAAUGUCAAUGUCAGCUUUAUUUAUAUAGCACAUUUAAAACAGCCAUUUCCUACUAAAGUGCUUUACAGUAAAAUAGCCAGAAAUAAUAAAAACAAUAAAAGCAUAAUACAUAUGAAAACAUAAAACAACAAUAUAGAUGAACAUAGCAAAUAAAUAAAAGUAGCUAUACUACUUUAUAGGCUAACGUGAACAGGUGUGUCUUUAGAAGUGUUUUAAAACUGAAAAUGCUCAAUCUCACCCAGAUUUUAAAGAUAUCAAUAUUUUGAUACCUAAAGCUCCUGUGUGGAGUUUUUUUUUGACAUUUAUGAAAUGAACAGAAAUUGAUGUUGAUUCAUGAAAGCAAACACGACCAUAAGCCAUAAGACUGAUUAUUUUUAUAUUGUAAUUUUUAAUGCCUAACUUCAGUGGGAAGGGGGUAGGAGACAACCAUGUUUUUUCAAUUUCUGCAACAGUAUUCACAACAAAUAAUACAUUUGAUUGUCAAAAGUCAAGAGGAUUACCGUAUUUUUCGCACUAUAAGGCGCACUUAAAAUCCUUUAAUUUUCUCAAAAAUCCUCAGUGCCCCUUAUAAUCAGAGGCGCCUUAUGUAUGAAUUCUGGUUGUGCUUACUGACCUUGAACCCAUUUUAUGUGGUACACAGCGCUCAAAAAUCUGUCAAAAUGUUUUAUUACGACUUCGGUUAGCUACAAAGCUGUACAGGCUGAUGGCUUGUUGGAGCACUGCAGCUACUGUAGCCUCGCAGAGUUAUUGAGUGAGUUAAAUAAAGUUUGACUUAUCUGACUGUUUUGUUUGGCUUAAUGCGCUUUAUAAUCCAGUGAGCCUUAUGUAUGAAAACAGACGCGAAUAGACGCGUUCAUUGAAGGUGCGCCUUAUAGUGUGAAAGAUAAGGUAGACUGUUUAAGCAUGUAUAAGAUAAGAUAAGCUAAAACUGGCACCAACUAAAAUAUCUCCCCAGGAGCUUUAAAGAGUACUUGUUUAUUGUGUUAUUAAAAGUUAUGUAUAGGGUGUGCAUCUAUAUAUGCUUCUUUUUUCAAUCAUUUCUAGUCAUUACUGCUUUAGUCGUUCAAAGCUUCCACUAUUGUGACACCGAAUCACUGCAAGCCUGAUGUUCUGAGUAACAAAUGCAUUGGUCAAAAUCAAGCAAUCUUAAAAAGCCAUUUGGUCCUACAGUUCUUGACCUGGGAGAUUUAUAACUUUUAUAUUAAUUGAAAAUGAGUUUCAUUUCAUUAGCUCAGGUCCAAGUAAUCUAUAACAUGAAGCAAAUAAAUAAAGAGCUAGAAAUGAACCCUUUGAGCUGUCUCGACUCGCAAUAAUUCAGUUUAUAAUCCUUGUUAAUUGACAGGAAUUUGAUGUGCAGUCAGAAAUCACUGAACAAAGCUCAUAUUUUAUUCCAUUGUUUAUGCGCUCUUGCCUUGGGAUUGUUUCUAUAGAAAAAAAAAAAAAGAAACUUUCAAUGUAUGUAAAUCCAGAGCUGCUCUUUGUUUACGCAAAUCCUGAAAUGGUAUUUCAUUAUCUGAUGGAGGAGAUAUGCAAUCAUAACAAAUAACAGUUUCUACAGUCUUUUGUUUGCGCUCGCUAUAGGUAGAGGCAGAGACAAAGGGCUUUCAUUUCUCACCCACUGUCAUGUAACACUAAGUGGUUAUGACAGGGCCUGCACUUGCCUUUCCUCGUCCUCCAUCUCCGCUUCUCUUCCUCAGUGGUUAUUUUCCUCCCCGUGAACUCUGUCAUGCAGUAGGCGUGGUAGAGGACCCGCACAUGUGCACACACACACACAGAAGAAAAGCUUGGGGGUUACUGAUUGCAUAUUAGCAUAAAUUUAUCGGGAUUAGCCGGUUUGAGAAGCCGGUGGGAGGGGGUUCCUCAGAUCAGCGAGGGGCAGUAAUAACCCCCGGUGACCGCAGUCAGCUGGGCUGAAUGGAGGGAAGGAGGGAGGGAAAGGAAAAGAAUAGGAGGCUGACUUUUUUAAUUUCCAGCUGUCUCAACAAGAGGAUGUGGUGGUGGGGAUGAUAUCUUGACAUCACAAUCCAAGGCAGAAAUCCACACAUUACUGGCUGCUGCUCUCUUUGUUAGUAUCUUAAAUGCAUCCUGCUUGUAAGUGCAAUAUAUUUCUGAUUUCACUCCACUGCUUCUCUCUCUUAGCUCCAUGUUAUUCAUUUAAUUCUGAGUCUUCAGCACCACACCAGUUCUCAUGUCUAUUUAUGAGAACAUGAAUAAGUGCCUGUGAGUUUCUAAAGACGCGCAAGGGUUGGCUGAAUAUGCCCCCUCCUAUCUUGUUGGUCAUGAUUGAUGUUGCAGCAUCUCCCCUCCCAGUCAUUUAGAUCAUAUUUACAGAAUAGAGCAUCUGUGCUUUUGAGUCUGCCUGUCUGGAUCCUCCAUUUAGCCCAGUAUGAGCAAAGUGCCAGACCUCCCCUCAAGAAGAAAGGUACAAUUAACCAUUAACUAAGUAUUUGCUUAUAAAACUCUGACCGUCUUACUAAUUUCUGCCUCAUCAGCUCAGUCUCUCUGUUGUGUCACACUUUCAAGCUCCUCCUCUGCUCUGUUUUAGUGUCAUCGCCCCCCACGAACGAAACUCUGUUUGCCACACACGUGAUGGCACUGUGUUGCCCGGGAUUGUGAUUAAUGGCCACAAUUCAGCCUGAAAAAUUCCCUUGAGUGGUUGCCAGUUGGCUUACGCAGAGAAGAAACUCAUUACUGCUGUCGGUUGAGCUGACGGGGCAGGGAGGGGUGUGAGUGAUAGUGCGUGUGUCUGCAUGUGUGCACGGACAGCAGAGAGUGAGUGAGUGAGAGAGAGAGAGAGAGACAGAGUGAAAGCUCAUUUUUGUGCAUGUUAGUAAGCACAUACAUGUCUGCCAGCUUUUGGCUGUUUGAGCCAUCAUGCAUGAACAAGUGUGUCCACGUGCUAAUCUAGUGUAAAAGUGACAGUGUGUUCCAGGGGCUGGUCACUUAGUAACUGAUAAUUUCUCAGAAAUGAAUGAGCCGGUUUCCAUCAGCACACACCGACUAACUUUUUAAUGAAUAACCUGGGUGCACCCUGCUGCUUUAUGGCUACAAUCACCCCCCUCUACAGUAUGUUACAUAUGUUUAGAAGAUAAGGCUUUUUUAUUAUUCAUCAGGUUUUAACACAUUCCCAUCCUCUUUGCACAGAUAAACUCCCGCUUAUCAGUCGUAGGAUAAAAACAGCAGGUGGUGGGGAUAUUACUUCAACUUAAAGGCGAUUCUUGUGAAAUUAAUGGAAAGGUUUUCAAUUUGAACACAAUAAUUGCCUGUCUACUCUUAUUAAAAAUUGAAAGGCAGCUAGGAAACUGAGCAGGAGAGGUGAGAAAAGACAGAAGAGAAAGCUGUUCAAAACCAGGGCCUGCACAAUAUGGAUAAGCACAGCAGUGUUCCAUUCACUGACAGAUUGCUAUCUACAUUCACUGACACCACACACCGCGCUCAGAAAUGAAGAUUUGAGGACAUAUAUAUGCAUUUUACGCAUGUAAAAGACCUCCAUAUGUGGCUUUGAGGAAGCUGGGAGAUAAAUCUAAUUCUAUGUUUAAUUCAUUUUUGCACUGUGCACGAAAUAAAGCCAGUUUUUUUCCCGUCAAAUGAGUAACACAAAUUUCAAUUUCUGCUGUCAGAGGCCCUCUUUGAAAAGGUUAAAGGAAAUGGCUGUGAAAGCUGUCGACAGAGCUCUCCCUGUAAUGUCUUUUUUAAUCCGUGAAAGUUCAACGGCUGAUACAGGAUUAAUCAGGCGGUUCAUUGGUUAAGAGGGCAGCAGUAUGUGAGGUUCAAAAAUUUCAAGAGACCUUUUCAACUAAAAUUUGCCACCCUUGUUAGUCAACAUGAGAAUUACGAGUGGUCUAAACAAAUUAAAAUAACUUUUAUCACUGUAGCCUCAAAUUGCUGGUCACAUUAUCUAUGCUGUAAGUCAGCCACCUACCACUAGUCACCACUCUAAUGACGUUAUAAAACUCUACUAUCCAGGUGUAAACAAGCACAGAUGACAGAUGGUGUCUCUGAAGAGUUUGGCAGUGUUUUUGUAAACUGUAUCUGGGUUAACAGGCAUACAACCACUCAUCUGGAGUCGUGUAAAAAAGCACAGGCAUGGACGUUUACAUGCAAAAAGGAAGCUGGUAGUGCUAGUUAAGAUAACAUUAGCUACACUGACAAGACAACCAGACUUUGAUCCCACCUGCUCAAAAAGUAAGUUGUCAGAAUUUUUGAUUUUGCUAAAAUGCGCCCCCUGGUGACUGGCUGUAGUAUAGGUCAUAAAGCCUGCCUCCAUCAGGACAUGAAAUUAAUUACAAUUCACAUCAAAUAAAGAUUUCUCAGUUUUGCUUCUAUGAUGACAGGUAGUUCUUAUGCUGAUUUGAGCACAUGUGUAAUGGGGCGCUCACACCGAGCACGAGUAAAAUCAUCUACUCGCUAGAUUCGUAAGUGAAUAGUAUUUAUUUGCUUCAUUCGCGCGCCAACGGUAAUUUCAACUGUAAUCUCUCCCAAUUUAACGGGCAGGAUCAAGUCAUAGACAAAAGUGUUUUACAAUUUACCAGGUAAUCCGACCUCCUCACUCACUUGCCUCCAGGUGAGCUCCUUUUGAUUCCAGUUUCGGUAAUGAAAAGACAAGGUAUCAUAUAAUUCAGGGCAUUCACACACGACACGAUCAGUUUGUCCUCCAUUUUAGAAACGAGUGAACAACCGUCCGUUUUCAUACAUCACCCAGCAACCUUCAUUCUGAUUAGAUAUCGCGACGCAAAUAUCCACUCAAGUUGAUACAUAUUUAGCUCUCGCCCAAUUUGCAUUAUUCGUGCAGCCAGAGUAGUAGGAGCGUCUUUACAUUGACUUAACGUGUAAUUCAUUCGCACAAAUAAUUUUACUCAUGCUUGGUGUGUGGAGACAGUUACUUCUGGAGUUUUUAUUUCCUUUCUAUGCUAAAAAGAGGAGGAGCAUCAUGAUUGACAGCUCUAUUGACCAAUACAGGCUCUUCCACUUAAUCCCAACAUAAGAAUCUGUUCCGCUGUGGACUACACUGGCAUCAGAGAUCUUCAACAUUUAGUUGGCAAGUUAAAUGUGUGUUUUGGUUGGUGGUAGCCAUUCUGGAGCCAGUCUUUGCCAGAUCACUACUGCACGUGCCUUGGCUCCAUCAGCACAAUAUGUUAACACCGACUGAGGUGGUUUUUUGGCUCCACACCUCUCAUGAAUUCAAAGGGAAUCCAGUUCAUUGGUAAAACUGAAACUUUUCUUGAGUGGUACAACUAAUCUUAUCCCAUCUUAUCUGGUAACUGGCAUUAAACUUGUUGAUGAUGUGCUACCUCAGGUUUAUUGCAUCCUGUGUCAGAAGUUUUGGGGGUAAACCUAAACUCAGAAUUAGUCAUUUAAAGUGUUUACUCUCACUAAAAGUCUGUAAAAAGCUGGUUCAUCUUAAAUUUGCGGUAAAGGAUGAAGGGAAUCUGUGAACUUUGUGUCCCUUUUGUCCGUCUGUGAACUUGAGAAUGAUUCUACUUUGACAAAUUGAGAUCAUCACCUCGACAUUUUUAACUGUUUUGUGAAUUAAUCUGCUUGAAGUUUUGACAGGAUGCAAACAGUGAUGUGACAGUUUUGAAACCAAAGGGACACUGAGCAACAGAUAAAUGACCAAUGGGAACCGCGCAGCUGAGGCACAGCAGACCUCCCUCUUACAGUCAAUACUGUGUGUGUGUGUGUGUGUGUGUGUGUGUGGUGGGGGGUUGGGGGGCAGAAGGGGUGAGAUUUACAAAGCCGUGUUUCAGCCAUUUGGGGAGCCCAGUUUUGUGAGAUGCAGUGGAGCGCAUGGGCCGGACCCGCCCUGCGUCUUUCAGAUGUCCCGUGGGAGUGCCAGAUGUGGGGUCAUCCAUCUACCCCUGUUUCAGACCAGCCCCCCUCAAAAUCAUUGUCAGAUGCAGACUUUACUGCACGCUGUUCUCUCAGGAAUAAAUGAACGCAUACAUGAACGCGUAUUUAUCUCAGAAAAACUUCUACAGACUUUAUUUUUUUUUGCUACCAGCGAUGUUUGACCAAGAAACAGGGGCACAAAGUGGAGACUUUGAGAGCAAGAUUCAUCGUGGCCUCCUUAGAUUGGCCUCACUAACCAACAGUUGUCCUCUAAUGAGGGGGAAGUAAUGCAUGUUGCACUGAGGAGAAUUGUGAUGCCAAAUGUCCGUCCAGGUUGUUAUUCAGAGCCGCUACUGUCUGCGGGCAUCGCUUAUUUCUAAACUCACAAAACAAGAGGCGGAGACGAGCCAAAGAAGAAUUUAAUGGCAUUUCCAUUUGAAUAUAAACGUUAUUUUUACCCCAGAUGUCUCUAAACGCUUCAAAAUAUUUCAAACCCUGCAACACUGAGAAACGACAAGAGAGGACAGAGGAUAAAGCAGUGGUAGGGUUUGGCUUUUGUGCAGGGAGAGUACAGUGAACAGGCUGAAGAAAGGACAGCCCAUAACUCAUGUGGAUAUGAGCUCAUAUAUACUGGUCGGAUGAUGGGAGAGGCAUCUCAUUUGAAUUCUAAAGCAGGCAGUUGCAUGCUGAGGUAUUGGCGAUAUUAAUUAGAUACGUAGCCUCUGGGCUCGAAGAAAAUGGCACUGUGAAGAUAUAGCCUCGUCUCAGCAACAAUCAGGUGUGAAAAAAGAAGAGAGACAGCUUCUUCUUGGGUAUAUUACGCUCAUCAAUGUCUAAAGAAUGACAUCUGAAUCGACACAAAAUGUAAAAAAUAUCACAAAUGUCUUCAUUUUGUCCUGUCCUGUCUAAGUUACACUGCUGUGCUGAGUGUGUGAACGCAUAUGGAGAUUGCAUGUAGAUAAAGUAGGUGAAUUUGUUCUUUUUCUGACAUGUGAGUCCGAGCGUAGACCCUGAAGGAAAGCUCACUGAAAUGCUCAGGAGGAAAGAAUUUCAUUAACUUUAAAGACUGACUCUGUGCUACCUGGCAUGUUAAAGAGGAGAGAAAAGGGAAAAAAUCAGCAGUCUAGAGAGAUCACAGAUCCUGACCCACUUACAGGUGAACACUGACUCACUGUAAGUUCUCCCUCAGUGGGUCUGAUUUCUGUCUGAAUGAUCUACUUAGAGGGAUUUCUAUGACUUGACUGAAUAUAAAGAUUUACAGCACGUGUUAACAGAGACAAAAUAACUUGGCGUUAUAACUACAACUCCUGUAAGUCUAUUUGCAACUUCAGAGAGAAACCUUUGUAAGAAAAUAUUGACAUUUUUCCUGAAAAGAAAGCAGAGCACAUGUUAAUGGGACUUCAACAUUCGGGGUCGAUCCCUCUGGCAGCAUUCUUAAUAAGGUGGUAAUUUGGCAGACGGACAAACUUGAAGAGAGGGCGCGUGAAGAGGAGUUCAAAUUCUUUCCUGGCUGCUCUAAUUGUUCAUUCACCGAGUUGUCUGUGUCCUCAAAUCCUCUUUAUUUUCCUUUUUUUUUUGUCUAAUCUGAGCCAAAGCAGCAUCGCCUCCCUGGUGUACAACCAGGAAACUGAAAAGGGAAGCUAUCGAGUGGCGUGUGUUUCUGAAAGGAGCAUUGUUUUCGCUCUCCCUUACAGGUAACACUGAGGUGAUAGUUAGACUGCAUAUGGAGCUCAAUCCGGCUCUCCAGCUGACACCUGUUCAGUCUCCCUUCCUCUAAGCCAUCAGAUCUCUCCUCUGUGUCUUGGAGUUGUUGAAUGAGUUAUUCAGUUAGCCUGUAAGUGAUACAAAAGACUUGCUCUUUAUCUUUACCUCUUCAGUAGUUGUGUUUACAUGGGGACAAAUAAUCGGAAUAAAUGCCCAAUCGGAAUAUUCUAAACCUAUUGGGCUCAAUCAGAAAGAAAUUGUAUUCCAAUUGAGAGGGGUUGUUUAUGCCGGUUGUUAUUCCGUAACGCGUCCAUGUAAACACUUAUUCUGAUCAUGACUCUCUUACCUGACUCGAUCGUCACUCUUUAGCCUUUGUCUUAUUUAUUGCGGUCAGUACAGGAGGUUUCAUUAACACUCUGGCAAACACAACAGCAGGAGGCGUGUCUGCUCCUCCGGUAACACAACAAGGCGUACAUACAGCGUAAUGAUGUCACAUCUGCACACACAGCGCAACCUUUUACAGAACAGUGAAAUAAGUAAGCAAGAGCGCCAUCUAGUGACAACAUUUUACAAGGGGAAAACUUCUGAAUUGGAUGGAGUGAGCCACUACUGUGUUUGUUGGUUUGUUGACAGCCCAGGCAUAAAUACAACUCUUCUUCUGUGGUUGUUUUAGCGAAAUCAGACAACUCUGUGCAUGUAUACGAACGUCAUGAUCGGAUUAUUUGAUAUUGCAUCCAUAUAAACAGUGGAUUCAGAUUAUCGAUCCCUCAAAAUUUCAAUUGGAUCAAGAAAUUUUGCACAUGUAAACAUGACUAUUGUACACUUGAAAUGAAACUUAAAAUACUUGGAAAAAUGGACACAGCAUCAAUAAGUUUUUUCACCUACAAGAAGAAACGCUGAUGGUUAAUUUUGAAGCCUAAUUUUGGUGCUAGUUUGUCUGUUAUUUAAACCCUCCUCUCUCUGCCGUCCUCCCCCUCUUCCUGCUUUCUCACUCGCUUGUCUGUAAUCUAACCAAAGCUGCGACUGGGAAUCAUUUAAAUAAUCCCUUAAUUUUCAGCAUCUGUUGUGCUUUAAUGGCUCCCUUUUUAAUUAGGCUCUGCAUGCUGAAGUGAGUGUAGGGGGCUUAGUGUGCAGAUUUGGGGCUACAGGGGCAGGGCAGGGGAGUGCAGGGGGCCGCAGAGGUGGGAGGCGCAGAGGCCAGAGGGACCGUUGGGUGUGGGUGGGGUGUGUGUGGUAGAGGGGGCUUUAGGUGGUACAAGCAGGAGUAAAGGGGUGUGGUUGAGAGAAAGGGAGAGGCACAGGGCAGGGCAUCCGGGGAGGCCCAGGCUUUGUCCCUGGGGGAGAGGUGAGGAGGAGCAUGGGGGAUAAAACAACAGUGAGCAACGUGCAUUUCCCAUCAUGCUCUCUUUGUGCGACCAAAAGCUUCUAUCUAUACACUAAUUACUUUGCUAUGAGCUGAUGUUGGCAGAGUUUGCAUUUACACUAUUACAAUUUGAAUUAUAACCAACUGGAAUUAACAAAAGACCGACAUUUGAAUUACAAGGAUGAAUGGAUUAUGAGGGAUGUGUGUGUUUAGUUAACUGAGCAAUUUAACUUUGUCAUUCUUACUGGUCAGCACCAGAAUAACCAGCUGGGAAAAGCUAAUUAUUACUACUUUAAUUAUUGGAGUCCAGCAGUCAUAUGUUGUGUCUAAGCUGUGGUGCAGCCACCUGCCACUAUCCAGGUCUGCGUCUUCAGUUAACAGUGACCGCCAUAAUGCUUUAAUACCAGAUGUGAACAAGCACAGAUAACAGAUGGCACUUCUUAGUGCGGCAGUGUGUGAGAGAGGACCCAGAAAAUGGAGUUGUAUAGAGGCUGUGUCACUUGACCAGAGCACAGGGCUGUGGACUUUUUGUGAUUGUGUUUGUUGUCCUCUUUAAUGCCUGAAACCACAAAUUAUGGCCAGAAAAUUCAUUUUUUUGGAGCUGAAAUGUUUAUUUCACUUGCUACUGAAAACCAAAAAUUCAAAAUGGCCUUAAAAUUUUACAAAUAUAUUUAUUGAUCUCGUUCGACACAUUAGAUGUUUUUGGAAACUGAUAAACCACAAGAAAACAUUUUUAUCAUUUAUCCGACUGUAUUCAGGUGUUUUUGUUGAUCAUAUUGAUUUGAUAAAAGUACAUAAAAGUAUGUAUCAAACAUGACACAAAAGGCAUAAAAGGGUAAACAUUUACAAAAAAAAAAGCAUGAGAGCUUCGAGCUAGUGCCGUUUUGCAAGAGAAAAAGAAAGUCUUGGAGACAUGGUUGAAUCAACAAAUCCAUUCACUAAUGAGUCAAAGUUGCUUAACUGUCAUGAAAAUGAAGUGCAACCCUAUAUUCCUAUCCAAAGACGUAUCAAUUUCCGAUCUUAAUUUAUGUCUGUAUUACAGUGUGCAUCAGUUUUCAUUUUUCCUUUCAUUUCUUGAUUUCUGUGGUGAGACAAAGAGAAAUAUAGAAUUUUUUUCUAAAUGAUAACUAUUAUAGCAUAGCUGCCCUUUCCGCCUCCUGCAAGGAGCUUUAAUAGCAGCCAUCAAUCUUACUACAUUUAACUUAGUGCACACAAGCUGCACAGUAUCGAUCAACACAACAGACUGAGGGCAACAACACCCUCGGACAGCCUAAUGCAAACAAGCCUGCAACACGAGCAGAAAAGGCAAUUAAAGUCCAGUCAAAACAAUUUUAUAAAGCGAGACAUUCACAAAAGUCAGGAUGUUUGUCAGCAGUCAGCAAAAUUCACAGUGGAGAGAAUUAAAAAUGACAGGUACAGGAAAAUCAGUAAAACAGUGUUAGGAAAUGACAUGAACAAUAUGUGUUACAGCCAGGUUGUCAUUUUGCUAUUCUGUACACGUGCAGAUCACCAUAAAAUCAGGUCACGACUUCGUUUAUGAUUGCAUGGUUGGUUUUGACUCGUAAUUUUCACACAACUGAAUGUGUAAGGAUUAGUUUGAUGAAAGACAAUCACUGUUUGUGAGGGAAGAAUCUUUGCGACUAGAUUUUGUUUUUUUAAUGAAAUUUCCCCACAGCUAUUCCACGAUUUGCUGUUGAGAUGCUCUGUGCACACAUUUAUUUAUUCAUAAAAAUGUGUCAUUGAACACUUUUGCUGAAAACAUGCAUAAGUGAUGACAAUUCCCUUAGUUUCAGGUGAGGCGUAUGCAUCGAAUUGUGUUGUAUUUUUUUGUAUUUGUAGAAAAAUCUUUUAAAAAAAAACCUACAGGUAGGGCUGGGCGAUAAAACAAUAACGAUAUAUAUCGGAAAUUUAUUUCCCUUAAUAUCAAUAUAAAACAUGGUCAAUAUCCUUUUCGAUAGUUAGCCUUCUGCCAUGUUUUGGUAGACAAUACAAAUAGCCAAUGAAAAGGGGAGUUGCUUCGGGUCUGCUUCACGCUGAACCAAUCAUGUGCUGAAUUAGAACCAAGUAGCAAACAACUGAAUAGUAGCAGGCUGCAGCUACACGCAACAAUAGCACUUUAAUACUUGAAGCCGACAGCACUGUGGGUGAGAAAAAAAGAAAAUGAGUGCAACCCCCAGCAGAAAUUGCAGAUCAAAACUCAACAGAUGAUGACAUCGUCGACAACACUGGCACGAAAACGUCAGUGGCAUAGAGGUAUUGUGUUUUUUUUAGGUCGGACAUGAAGCAGAGUAAUGCGUACUGCAAAUUAUGUUGAGUACAUGUUCACGAAAAGUCAGAGAAAACCUCAAAUACUUUCACUACCUGAAGCAGAGCCACACGCCAGAGCACACGCAGCGCAAAAGGUUAAGAACCCCAUCAGAACAAGGAGCCCAUGGCGCCUGUGCAGCCGAAACAGCCGACAAUUCAGUCCGCUUUCUCUAGCACAACGCAGUACGACAACAAAGAGACACAAAGACCUCACAGAUGCAGUAGCUUAUUGUCUUGCGAAAGAUAUGCUACCAAUAAGCACUGUUAAAUUUCAUUUUUAUAUCAUGAUAUAUAUCGAUAUAUAUACUGAUAUAAAAAGAAAAUUUGUGAUAAACUUUUUCCCAUAUCGCCCAGCCCUACCUACAGGGUAGAGAGUUUUGUUUAGCUUCCUUUGCAAAUAGCCAAUCAGUGCGCGCAACAUUGAAAGACACACAAGACCCGUGCAUAUACCUGUUGCCAGAUGCUGAAGAGACCAUAUGCCAGAUGCACAAAAGCAUCGAAAAUAGAAUAAGAUCUUAGAUGGAGAGCAUUUAAGCUUGGUCAAAUAAAGGGUAAGUGUGCUCAUAAGGUCCCUCUAAAUAAAUCGCAUAACUGCUGUACUGAGGAAAAAGCUUUUCAUAUAAAAGAUCAAUAAGUCUGGUUCUCGAGCAUUGCUUUACUCAUCUGCAUUUGCACGUUUGCCAGCUGUGCCUGACUGUAAGCUGUGCAGCUCCUGCUGAUGCUGGUGCAGCUUCUGACUCAGGGAGGUGUUGAUGUGCCAAAGCAUUAAGCACAGGGACUAAGUGUGUGUCAGAGGAAGAUGGGGUACAGCCCACGCACAUGCAGCCCUUCUCUUUGCAGGUGAUAAGCAUCACGCACCACCGACCAGCAGAUUGAUCACAAGAGUGCCCAGGCUUUUGGUGCAGGGUGGGUGUGCAGGUGGGCUGGGCAAUAAAAUAUCACAUCUGCAUUAAAAUGCCAUCUCUAGGGUCCCCGCUCUUGGGCCUGCUAUUUCAGGGUUGCCUAUUUAAAGGCUGUUGAAGUGUGGGCUCUCCACGCUGGAAUAGCACCAUACACCAUCUCCAUUAUUUAUGGGCCUCAUCUCUAUUUUACUGGUUUACCGAGAGGGGGGAGGGGCAGCUACGGCAGUCAUCAGCGCCGCUGCUUGAACAACAUGUGCUUAAUGAUGUCACAGGCUUGAGAGGACUUGUGGGGGUGGGGGUGGGGUGUGUGAUGAAGAGCCCAGCAAACGGUUCAAAUUGUACAGGGGAGGGGGUGGUGGUGGUGGUGGAGAAGGUUUGGGGGUGAGGGAGGCGAGGCGAGAUGGGGGAGGGCGAUGAUAUUAUAACAUGGGGGUUCACUGAAGCCUUACGCCAUCGCUGCAGGUCUGAGUGGGUCUGGAGGAUGGCUGUCCCUCUACUGGCAUCAUUACCUCUGUCAUAUCAAUGAAUCAUCCUCACAUUGGAAUAAAGAAACAUCCGCAUGUGACCACAAGUCUGUAAAAAAACAUGGAUGUCUCAUCAGAUUGGCUGGUUUGGUCACUGCAGCAGGGAUUUCACAGUUUGGGUCUUAAUUGCCUUGUUAAUUAUCCUCUGAUGAGCAUUUCUGUGUAUGUGUCUGUGAAUGUAUGUGGGUGUGUUUAACCGAGCAGUGCAGAAAUGGAUCAUUACUUUAGAGCCAUUAGGCAAAAAAAUACAUCAGCUAGGGGUCAUUCAAAUAAUCACCAUUUCAUCUGCACGUCUUCAUUAGAUAGAUCUGAAAUGCUUGAGUGGAAAAGGGUGAAAACUCACCAAAUAGCUGCUGUACGUGUGGAAUUGAAUGAUGGGUGAAAUUUGUCAAUAUCCAGCGCCCUUUUAGCAGGUGAUUGGCUCUUAAAAAAACAUUUCCAUUGGGGAAAAUCUACACUUGGACUCAUAUUUCAUCUAUUAUUUAUAUUUGGUAUUUAUUAUAUUAUUAAUACCUACUUUAAAACUGAUCAUCUUGAUUUCUGCUCUGUUUAGGCCAAAUUCACGAGGCAGACCACCGACCAAACUGUUACCAAAUGACACUUGUUAACGCCAAAUACAGUUGAUACAAUGACGAUAUAUUCUCUCAGUUUAUUCAUACUCACCAUGUGUGAAACCUGGGACUGUAGAUUACAGCACAGACACUUGAGAAUUGCAUACUAUUUGCAGAUAAUAAGUUAUUUAAAUAAGAAAAGAUAGACCAAUAAAGUGAAAUUGGAUAAUUUCUCAGGGUACACCCCACUAUCCGUCAUGGCACACUGGUUGAAAAACACUGCUUUAGGCUCCCUUUGGUACCUAGUAACUGUGACGCACAACGUGAAAGGCAAUCCCUUUCACUUGUUGGGUAUUAUUAGUUAACCAGAGUUUUGACAGGAUCUGAUUUACAGCUCAGCUUCCCAUCUAAAUCACCACGCUUCACAUUUCCUGUCAUUGACCUUCAGUCAUAUAACUCCCUCACUCAUUCGUCUUUUGUCGUUUGCACCGAGGAACCAUCAAACAUGUGUGCGAGGGGAGCGGUCUUCUCCCCGUGCACUUGUGUAUGGAUUUCUUUUUAAUAUGCACCCCGGCCAUUCUCCCCCUUGUUACAGUAAUUAGACCUGCUCCAUUUAAGCCAGCAGCGUCAUGCUGGUAGUGGACCGUCUUUAAUCAUGUGUGAGUGUCUGUCAACACUUAGCAGAGGAAGAGUGAAAAAAAAAAUAGAGGAACCUGUCUGUUGUGGCUGGGUAGGGAUAAGUGAGAGUGCCUCAUUGCCGUGUCUGUGUGUGUCUUUUUACAGCAGCAUAGACAAAGAUCAAUAUGGUUGUGGGUUUCUGUUGAAGCAGCUCUUUGCAUUCACAGUAUUUAUAUGAGCUGUAGCUAACCUGUAUCACUUCAGUUAGACUCUGCGACCACUCUUAUAAUCGCUCGAUGUGGAUUAUCUCUCUUCUUUUGCAUAAAACACGACUGGUUAACAACUUACUCAGCUUGUUUAUCUGCAUGUGUACCCCUUGUUGUGAUUUUUCCGAUUGUGUCUGAUUCUAUGACUUUGUCGAUACUGGCAGGGGUGUGGGCCUCUUAGAGAGCCCAUGUUUUAUGCAUGAGGAGGGCCAAGGGUGGGGCCCGUUAGGGGGGUUAUGUCGGCGGACACACACAACAGCCAGAUCAGCGGACACCAUGACUACUUGGCAAAGAUGCACAUAAAGCUCCUAUAGGCCCUGGUCCUCUUUUGUUCUUAGCAUUCAAGUGCAAGUUUGUUUCUUUUCGUGUUUCCUUUGCUGUGUCCCCAGUGUUCCCAGCGCACAGCAGUGUGUGUGUGUGUAUGUCUUAAUUUGGGACACUUUUUUCCAAGACUACAAGCUCCUUUGAUCUCAUUAGUCACUCUGAACUCCUUGUUUUCUUUGUAUUGUGUCCUGAUGGAUUUCUAGCUGUCUGACUGUACCUAACCUUUCUGCAUCAGCAGUGACAGUGUCUUCAGGGCUUUUACCCGCUUCUACUCUCUGCUAUUGUCUGCCGCAGGCUCCGUCUUACAAGACAGAGAGUGUUACUGAUGGCUUUUGUCAACACUCAGUCUCAAAAAGAAGCGAUAUCCUUCAAAAAUGAUAUUAUUAGCUGCGUGAGUUUUAUGGCUACAAGGUUGUGAGCCUCUAGUAGAAAAAAAUUACAGUCGGGCCCUUGAGAUAAGCACGCUGGCUGAAUAACCCUAAGUGAAAUGCACAGCUGUUCAAGUAUGGCCUUACAGUGAAGUGGUGAAAAUAAAAAAGCUUGAAAAUUCACUGGCUGACUGUCAAGGAGUUUUUAUCUGGAGACAAAAUGAUAGAGAGUGAACAGCGUUAUCUCCACGCAUGCAGACUCCUGGCUAACAGAGUGAACUGUCACUACUGGAAGAAUACUAAAUUAGCAUGUUUAAAUUUUCAUCAGCGCUCCAUACAUCCAUUCAGAGAUCUAAGGUCAAGUCGUGUUGGAGAAUGCCACACUUCUCAUUAAGCCCUGAAAUGGAAUAAUCACAACGUUAGACCACUGAUGCAGGCAUAAAGGAGAAAAGUACUGCCAUUCUAUAUUAAGUAUCUCUCUCAUCGCUCUUCAUGUCCUUUGUACGUUUGCAAUAAUGCCGCAGUUUCAUUGGAAAAAUUCAAAAAGCGGUAUCUAUGUCUGUUUAUCAACUUGUUAUUACAGAAAAUACAAGAUGUCACUUCAGGCAAAAGUUUUCUACACAACAGAAGACAAACAAAUAAGGUCACAAUAACAAAGAAAUCACAAUGGAAGAAGAGGAACAACAUCCAGGCGCGUCUCACUCAUGUAUGAUAUAAACCCUCUGAGUAGAACUGCUUAUUUCUUACUUGUCUUGAAUGUAAUAAAUUAAUGCAGGCAGCAGGUUGGGAAGAGCAAGAGGUUAUGAUAUAAUAAGGGGUCCAUCCUUUUUGCUAUGCUAACAGUGUUCAGAUGAGUCCUCCUGCGUCCGAGUUAAUUAUGGCUGACAUUUAAAUGAGUACACUUGUGUAGGAGAAGGUGGGAGAGCUGUGGAAGAAGAGGGCCUCUCUCUCUCUCUCUCUCUCUCUAAAUUGAGUUUGUCUGAGGCUCCAACUUUGAUGCCACCUUUGUUCUGCAGAUAUGUGAAGUGCACGCCGAAUGAGGCGCUCUGCGGGGAUACAGACGCUUCUUUUGCCAUACAGCGAUGUUUGUGUGUAUCUGCGUCGUCUUUCUGUUAGCAUGCAUUUUUAAAACUUGCAUGACCCAAAUACUAAAUGAAAACAUAUGGUAGGAAUACCAUAUGCCAGAAACAUACAGUACUUUAUGUUUUUGCAGAGCACAAGAUACGGAUGUAAAGAAGAGAAGAAAUGACAGACGUAGCUCGACGAUCUUCAAUUCCUCUGCACACAGAUAGCAUUUAAAUUAAAAAAUAUUAGUCAGAUAUUUAGAUUACUAAUAAAUCUUUGCUGCAUCAGUUGUUGAAUGUAGCUCAAGAGCCCAUCAAACAGAGUGUGUAACUAAGUUCAAUUGUUUUAUUCUUUGUAUAAAAAAUCCAUAUGAUUUGAUUAAAUCAGUGAUAUGCACAGGUAAUAGAAAUGUCCAAUAAUUCCUUACAGAAUCUUUUAAUAUUUGUUGAAUACCGAUGUUGUUUACUCGCAUUAUCUUAUUGUUUGCAACAAGUCUGCUGUAUUGCUUCCUCUGUGGCUUGAAUGCAUUAGCUCUAUUCAGGUAUUUUACUCCAUUAUCGAGGAAUGAAAUGGGAAGUUACAUAAGAGUCCUUCACUCUGGAGGUCCAACCGUUAUGUGUGUGUUAGUGCCAUUAUCUCCACUGGCUUUGUAAACUUGCUAACCGCUUCCUUCAUAAAAAGCUUUGAAACAGCAGUCAUGUAUUCUUGUGUUGGUAUGGCGUACGUUCCUGACGACACUGUAAAGGCAUAGGUCCUAACAGAUGAAGAUCGCCACAUGCUCUGUUAUCGUUAAUGUGCACCUAGAGUUUGACUGCAGUUUGCAGAUGACUGAGUUGUGAAGCUGAGUUGUUUUAUCCACAGGUUGUAAACCUUGGCAUGAUGUCACCUCGAGUGGUUGCAUAGGUCCAUUAUAUGGUUGCAGCCUCACACAGCUUACACAGGACAUGACUUUUAUUGAUUUGUUUUAUAUCAGUUUUACAUCGAAAGUCAAGGUUGGUCCAAAAAUUAGUUUUUAAUGCUGUCGGCAUUGACAUCCUAUUACUACCUGCUGCUGUCUAGGGAUGGGCGAUAAAUUAUUGUUCACGAUAAAUCGUAAAAAGAAAUCCUCCAUGAUAAAUAUUUGCCACCUGAUGAUAAAUACGAUAAAUGCAAGUUGAUGAGGUAAGCGUGAGCGAUGGACUCGUAGCCAUAGUCCACACAGAGCAGAAUAACAAACAAACAUGGCUGAAGGUAAAGAAGAAGACGUUUCUGAGCAGCUCGUUACUGAACGAGGCUCCACAUGAGGGAGUUCCUUCGUGAUUGGUGCUUGGAUGAAAAUGUUUUCACAUUUGAGACUUGUUUGACGUCAUUAGUUUUCUCUAUAACCUACCACUUAAACUUGUGGUUAAGGAUCUUAUUUGACUCCUCCAACUGGUGUUCUCAAGACAGAAUGAGUCAAAAAUAUAGAUUGGAAUUACAAUAUUUUUUAUCAGGACUUUUAUAGUUAUCGCCAGAAUGGCAAAUCUUAUCGUGAUAAAUUUUUUAGCCCAUAUCACCCAUCCCAAUUGCUGCCACCACUUUGUUGACAAAACAGCUGUUGUUUAGUUGAGGGGUCUCUGUGCAACACUAGUCACAGUGCCCCUACAGGACUGGGGCUUUAUUACAAGAUUAUAAGAAUCCAGAGAGAAUUAAUAAAUAAUGCAUUGCAAUGUGUUGAUGGAUUGUUUUUCUCCUACAUGGAAAAAGUGUCCUGAACAAUGUUUUUGUAGCCAGAUCGCUCAAAUAGACACUUUUGUUAAGUUACACUGAGAAAGAGUAACUGAUGCUGUAACACUGUCCUAAUAAAUCUCUUUUUUAGCUUCAGAAGGUUCAGUGUGUACAUUCAAGGCAUAUAUCCUACAUGAAAACACUCACUCACCUUUAGACACACUAUCUGUCUACUUCAUUGUCCAGUUCACAAGGGGUCAUAUAUUGUUUGGAAGUCCUCUCCAGAAAAUUACAGCUAGUAGUAUUAUCACAUCUCCUUCCCAUCACUCUGUAUACUCCGAUUUAUUUGUUCAGUAGUAUGAGCAGUAAGAUAUAUCAGAUAGAAGAGAACGGUUACGUCCUAAAUCAAACACCUCUGCACUGACUUUAGUCGUUUUUCAACCUGACAGUCAGCAUUCUCAACCUGUAAAUCAUCCUCGCUUAUCUUUCACUGUUUGUCCUAAUGAAUGCACGUUAAGGGCUGGAGUUGUAAAGUUAUUUUAUUUUACCCUUGCAGACAGAAUGGAGGAUAACAUGAACAUGUCGUAAACAUGAGAAUAUCUCCACACUUUGCUCGCUCUAUAAAUAUGUAUGUGUAUGUAUGUUUGUGAGCAUCCAGGCUUUUUGCUCUGCAGCUGUGUGACCUUAUAUCCUCCUCUCUCUACAGCCAUGUCAGACUUUCAUGUCCAACCAGAGUCGGUGCAUGUUGAGGAGUCCAGUGUGGCCAGAUUUCAGUGCCAGAUCCACGGCCUGCCAGAGCCUGUAAUCAGCUGGGAAAAGGACAGACGCCCCGUGGACACCAAGGACGAGAGGUACAACUAAUCCUGAAACUUAUUAUGUACAGCAGCACCCUGUAAGGUCUUCUACAGUGACUUAUUGUACAUUUUAUCUCUUUAUUCUCCUUUAGGUACACCCUCCUGCCAACAGGUGUUCUGCAGAUCACCGGCGUGCGUGACGAGGACAGUGGAAAGUUCUGCUGUGUGGCUCAUAACAGUGCAGGGGUGAAACACAGCACUGAGGCUCUCCUCACAGUUUCAGGUGGUUAUAUUUAAUGAGUCUCACAUCUACAUGCUAUGAGCGAGCUUGAGCUCACUCCCCACACUAAUGCCCAAGCACUGAACCCUCACGAACUCACAGGGAUGCAGGGCAUGUUUGUGCAAUUUGGAUGCCCAACGAAGAUAUGUGCUCCAUACAGGAAGAAGAAAAUCUCAUUGCAGUUCCAAUAUAUUCAGAAAAGCCAGUAGUGUAAUCUUUUGUGAAUUUUUAACCAAAAAAAAGUACAAAAUUGAUGAAAUACAUCUUUUCUCCUCUGGAUAAAUGUGGUUUUUCCCGUCAGGUCGAGGCUUGUUUUGUUUACAGUACAGAACUUUUUGUUAUAUUAUUUUGAGCCACCAAGUAAAAGUCAGUAGGAGUGAAAAGUAAAGUUUGCAUUAAAGCCCCUGCAAUUUCAAAAUGUGAAGGUAAGACAGUCCUCAACAUCCAGAAACCUACAACCUUGAAUGUUGAGAUUGAGAUGAGGAGACUUUUCUAUCAGAUGGAGACGAUCCUCUCUCUAGAUACACUUUUAUUGUGUAUCGGCCUUUUGUUCUGCUCUAAAACAAACACUGCUUUCUCCUCUGUUUCUCCUCAAGUAUAUUCUUAAGAUUCCCCAAACCUAUUGUUCCUCCUCCUGAUCCAGGAGAUACAGCAUAUCAAGCUAAUGCACCCUGGAGAAAUCCAAUUAAAGGUGGCCAUCCAUCAUGCUUAUUCCCAUCUUAUGCUUCCCUGUUUUUCCCUUUUUUUUAUUUUUCACAGGCUCCCAGUCAUCUGUUUACAAAGAGCCCAUGAUCCUGGUCGGUCCAGAAAACCUCACCCUCACUGUUCACCAAACGGCCAUCUUGGAGUGUGUAGCUACCGGAUACCCUCGGCCCAUUGUUUCCUGGAGCAGAUUAGGUGAGAGAGAAAAAAAAUCCCGAUAACAUCAAAAAAGAGACGGUAAAGGGUGCUUGGAGGUAUAUGUACAAAUCUCUGUGCAUAGGUGUGUGUUGAGGAACAAUGUGUCACUGAGCUGAAGCACAAUCACAGUGUGCACUCAUGCAUGUGCUGUGUUUUCUGUGGGUUUGAACGCUCUUUGUGUCCUCGUGUGUUUGUAUGGUUUUUUUGUCGCACAGCGUAGAUGUGUCCUGCAUUGUGGAACAUACAGUACAUGUGUGCACAGAAUACAUUUAAGACAGCGGAGCAUCUAUUGUGUUUCCAUGUGGCAAGAAGAUUCAACAUUAGGCCUUGGGGCUAAACAUUGUGUAUGACUGUGAGUUGAUGAAUGCGUUUUUCAUCUCCUCCUGAUGCUAGACCUCUUUUGUAGCAGCAGAGAGCCUCUGAAUAAUUGCUUUGAGGUGCAAAGACAGAUACGAUUAGUUCGCCCUGCCGUCUAUGUGCACUUUUUCUUGACUAUCACUCAAAGUCUGUCAUGACCAAUUUUUCAAUCUGCUAUCUGUUUUCUUUACCUAUUAACCAAUCUGAUUUGCUGUCCCAAAUGUAAAUUGCUGCCCCUCCCAAGCAGUCAGGCAUAAUCAGAUUGAGGGUAUUGCCUUACACAAUGUUGCUAGAAUGAAAUGCUAACACGAUGGGAUUUGUAUGUAUUAGAUUACAGCAGGGAGGCUGGGAUAAGCUGCAUAAUGAAUCUGAUAGUUUCACAUCAGUCACUCCUUAAUGCCAGAGUUUGUUUGCUGCUAUUCAUCGAGCAGCAGCGCAGCCGGCUAGCUUGUGCUCUUUCUUUUCUGACACUAAGUUAAUUAGUGGCUGACAGAGAGAAACUGAUUGAGGGGGGAGAGAGAGGGAGAGAAGUAAAGUAAAACAAGGCAAGAAAAGAACAAGGCUGCUAUUGUGCGGACGAAAAAACUCUCAGCAGUGUUACACCGAGAGAGUUAGAAAGUGGCAAUUGAAAAAUGCAGGAAAAGUAAUAAAACACAUGAUAAUGACGAAGAGAGCGAGAGCAAAACCACUUGGCAGCGUGGUUACAGUGAUUUAUUCCAUCCCAGUAAUUUGUUAUUCUGUGUUCAUAAUCCAUCAUCUUAUGCUCAUGUGAUAAGAUGGACUUCUUGAAGAUACUGUUUAACUCGCGUUGCAUUGGCUCUACUGGCUACCAGCUAAUUUUUAACCAACACAACAUGAUACAGGACAAAAGGAUAUGAUAGGAUAUGAGAUGAUAUGACAGUUUGAGUGCAGAGCAGUGCAACUGACAGUAGUCAGUAAGAAAGUACUGCAAAAUACAUUAGCAGUAAAAAGGUUGUGUGUGAUGUCUUAAUGUUUAUGUAGCCCUUUGUAUUUUGGUUUUAUUGUGUAACGCCAGAUGUUGGCCUGUGUACAUCUCCAUCAUUUUCUGUUAAAUAUUUGAACACAGAGAAACGUGUUGACAGAAUAAAACCACCUGUAUGUGCACGAGGAAUGAGCGAUAUUGGCUAAAAAAAUUAUCAAAUUAUCAGAUUUUCCAUUCUGGCGAUAACGAUAAAAGUCCAGAUAAAAAAUAUUAUAAUUCCAACCGAUAUUUUUGACUCAUUCUGUCUUGAGAACACCAGUUGGAGUAGUCAAAUAAGAUACUUAACCACAAGUUUAAGUGGUAGGUUAUGGAGAAAACUAUUGACAUCAAACAAGCCCAGAGUGAGUCCAUCACUCGUGCUUACGUCAUCAACUUGCAUUUAUCGUAUUUAUCAUGAGAUGGCAAAUUUUUAUCAUGGAGGAUUUUUUGACAAUAUAAUGUGAAUGAUAAUUUAUCGCCCAUCCCUAAACAGCAGCAGGAAGUGAUAGGAUGUUGACUUUGCAUUGACAUGUGCACACGUUCUCUACCAGGUUGAUUCAGACUCUUAACGCUGAAUCCUCUCAGUUUAGGAUAGCGUACAACACAGCCGAGUGAUAUAUCAUACAAUAUAAUUUGAUGGGAUAUGAUACACAUUAUGAUACAAUACAACGGGAUCUACUUUAUCGUGUCUUUGAAGAAAUUUAUUUUGAACUCAAGUGCUGCACAGAUUUAGCUGUUUCUACAAAUCAUUAAUAAUUCAAAGCAAUAAAAUCUAACUUCCAAACAGAGAGGGGCACAUAUUGAUAUAAACCAUGAGGAAAAUUUACAGCACAUUAUCCAUAUUGCACAUUUGUGUAAGUAAUAAAACAUGUUCAAACAUAAGUCUGAUCAUUCAUUAGAGGGUGCUAGAGAGUUUGUUUACUCACUUUAAUCACAUCUCCUCUUAUUAAUACUUUGUUUCUAUUUUCUUGCUUUGUUGUACCGCUGUGUUUUAUUCAUUUUUACAGAUGUCACAGUAAGAGAAACUACUCACACAAAUUUACGACCACUUUAAACUGACUCUGCCUUAAAUUUUUGAUCAAAGAUAUGGAUGCUCACGCUGAAAUCCCCCGUCGAAGAGUCCCCAUAUGGUUUGUAUUUCUGUCUGGAGCUCCUGCCUCUGCAUGUGUCCAGCAUGGUGCCCAUCUCCCUGCCUCUCUGCCUGCCCUUUUAGCACAUUAAAUCUGGACCAUACAGAGUUUACAAGCUACAGAUGGAAGUCAUAGAUGGGAUUAAAAUGCCCCCUUGGCCCCCUCGCUAAUAUCACAGACAGACUGAAGUCAUUGUUGGGGCUGAGGCUGCAGAUAGGGAGCAGAGGAAAGGGUGAGCUUAUCAUGUAGGUACAGAGAGGAGGAGGCAGCUAUGGAUUGUGUAAGGAGAUAGGAGAUUAGAAGUUGCAGUUAGAGUUUCUACUCCCUCAGUGGCAGAUGUUAACAUCUCUUGUUAAAGAAAAAAAAUUUCUCCAAGGCUUUUUUCAGACAAAGGCGAAAAGAAAAAUGUCCCUGCUCAGUUGCGAACGUUUUACUUACCAGGGCAUUCAUUAGAGAAGCUGCAUUUAUAAUAAAACCAUUAAUCCUUUAUCAGACAGUAAAAAUCUGAUUCUUUCAAAAGAGAAAUAUACUCUUACGCAUUUGACUCUGUUAAAGACAGCCUAUUACAGCGUUUACAUCACUCACACACAACAAACACAAGCUCUCUGACCUUCACCCUCUCUGUGUUUGUGAUUGUUGUUCUGGCAGCUGAAUCACAAGACAUUACAAUUCUGAGAAUCACACACUUCACUGUGAAAGCUGCAGCCUUGACCUCUGGGAGGUCCAGAAAUAACCUUGUCUCUGGCAGCUUGUGGCUGUAAACCAGAACCAAGUUUAAUUAGUCUUUCUCGCUGGCAGUUUAAACCCAGGCUGGAUUUUACUAUACAAGGUCCUUUUUUGUUGCUUUCUAUACAAUAAACUCUUUCCCCGUCCUUCUCAUCCACUCUGUUUUUUUUUUUUCGUCCCUGCAAAGAUGGCCGCCCCAUCGGUGUGGAGGGAAUCCAGGUGCUCGGGACAGGGAAUCUGAUGAUCUCGGAUGUUGGUGUUCAGCACUCAGGGGUUUAUGUGUGUGCUGCUAACAAACCAGGGACCCGUGUACGCAGGACAGCUCAGGGACGUCUGGUGGUCCAAGGUGAGUCUGAAUGGGAAUAUGUUUCAGUUUGAAAAAGUUUGGUGGACGUUAUCAGGUUGAUUUAAUUCCCUCUGAUUUCUGUGGGUGAACCUUCGUGACAGUCAACAGGUGAGUGUGCGGAGUGAGUGUUUUGUACACUGGAUGGACCUUAAUUCAGAUAGCUAGUCUUUAGCUGUUUUAGAUCUGUCAUGCUCAAGGAUGUCAGUAUAAACUCACAUUGUUAUUUUGGGACUCUUGCCAAUUAAAACAUUUUAACAGGUUUUGCAGAUAAAUGUUUAAAGUUCACCAGCUUGAUACGGAAAAAAACUUCUUACUGUUACCGAAAAUUGAAAAAAACUGUCCACUUCAAGAUCUGUUCAGAGCACAAAAGUCGCUGAAACAAAAUGCGAAACCUCAGACUGUUUUCAAACAGAGCUAUGAGUUAAAGUCAAAGCCUAAGAAAUGCCAGCUCAUACACACUGAAAACAAUUCAUUUGUAGAUAUUAUCCUGUUGAUAGUGACAGCAAAGUGUGAGAAAAUGAUAUUUAAAGAAUUACAAGUAUUUCUAACAUCAGUCAUUGUUGAGAUAGGAUUGUCACAUUCAGGUAUGAGGCUAAAAAACAGUUUUUACAACCACAGUAGUAUGAUUCAGUCAUAUAUAGAUAAGUAUUAUUAUAACCACUAAAACUGGCAAAACUGUUUAUGUUUCUCUUUUUUAUUCAUUUAUCUGAAGCUGUAAAAAGGCAGGCUGUGCUCUCUGUGUGUUUGUAAUUCAGCGUAUUCUCAUCUCAAAGCUGCAUCCUUAAUGCUUACAGAUGUCAAAUUGAACGUUUCCACAGCUUAUCAAUAUCUACGACGGGAGACUAUUUUUUAUUCACCUCCUUUGUGUGAGGGUUAUGAAUCUUUCUCCCUUUGUGAUGACAAAAACUAACCUCAAUCCUUUACCACCCGAACAAAGACUGUUUACUGCCUGUUUUUGGUUCAGUUUUACAUAAAAAAAUACACAUAAAUACACGUCUUACAUGUAAACAGGAAAAAAAAGUGUGUGUGUGUGUAUAUAUAUAUAUAUAUAUAUAUAUAUAUACAUAUAUAUAUACAUAUAUACAUAUAUAUUUUUAUAUAUAUAUAUAUAUGUAUAUAUAUAUAUAUAUAUAUAUAUAUACAUAUAAAUAUGUAUAUAUAUGUAUAUAUAAAUUUUGCUUAUAUCCAAUCCAAUCCACUUUGUUUAUAUAGCCCAUUAAAAAAACAAUUAAGUGAAGCAAAGUGCUGCACAGCGCAGUAAAAUAAGUUUUAACACACAGAACAUGAAAUGUUAAAAAUAAAAAACAAAUAAAAACACAAUAUACUCUCUCUAUAUAUAUUGUAUAUUAGUUAUCUCUACUUCAUUGUCUAAAACAUGAAGGUUGUUGUAUAGAUUAUUGUGAUUAUCAUUAUUUUUUUUAUCUAUUAUUUAAGUGUGGUCUAUUUAUUUCAGAUAGACCACACUUUGCCUCAGCCCAUGGCAGUAUUGAUCCUCAUCAAUAUUUCAUUUCAUCAGGCUGUCAAGUGUAAGACAAAGCUCCCAACAGUAGUAGGAACAGAGGAGAAGAGCCGGGGAUGUUAAUGACAUGUCAAAGUCUUUGGGUUUUUAUUGAUCGUGUUUCUAACCCAAGGUGUGCAGUUAACACCAAAUACAUACGUGUGAGGCCUGUUUUAUUAUGAGAAGAGAAAAAAACAAAGCUUUUCUGCACGUCCUCAAAGGAUUGGUCUAUUAGUGCGGUGUUAAUAAGCCACUUGGCACCUCUGAGAAUAUGAGAGGGUGUCAAUGGCUAUCAAUUCAGAAGAGGACCACAGCGGCCAGGAACUCCAACUCCAAAUGAAUGCAGACAAGCGUACUUAUGAACCCAUCAGGCAUCAGACAAAUGCGCUGAUACAGUAAAUCAAUUAGGUUCAUUUUGGUACCUUUGGGGAACAAAAGGAGAGACGAGGGGAACAAAGAGCGGAGCAGGAGUCGAAGUGUGAAGAGCCAAAGGGGAAAAACAAGAGCAAGAUGGAUGGAUGGUGCUGAUAAUCUAACCCACAACCGUACAGGUGCAAAUCAAUACCUUCCCGAGCUCCAUCUGACCUUCACCUUUACGACAGCUUGCACAGAUACAGCAAAUGAGAGGGAGAGAGGAAGAAAGCGAGAAUAAAGCCAGAAAAGAGAGAGAGAUAAAUGAAGGGACCAUCACACGCUGUCAGCAGCCUCCAUUCAAGUGCCUAAGGGUGUCUUUGCUUUUCCAAAGGGAGAAUGGAAAUGCUUACAUUGAAAAAGUGUCAACAGCAUUUUGUCUAUUAGGGUGGGGACAAGAGGGAGAAUUAGACAGCAGGGAAAACAAAGAAAAUAAUGAACGAACCUGGAAAGAAAAAGGCAAAUUUCACAGCUGAAAUGCUGCUGCAUUUAACGGCUAUCAUUCACCAGCAACAAGUCAGUCCUGCUAUUAUGUAGAUAUGAAGUAUUCCUGUGUGACAUUGAGUUCACAUGUUAAUUCAUCAAUACAAACAUUGACCCUGCAGUUUAAGUCAACUCUACAAACCAUUAAAGCUCACUAAACCAGGUGAUAUUACUCCUCAGGUAAUUUGAUCAUGUGACAAACAAACAAACAAUGAAACAGUUUAUUUAUGAGAUGUUUUAAUGAUUUGAAAUCAUGCAGGAGGAAGAAUGAGCCUGAAGCUUCGUGCCUCGAGCUUCCCAACAAAAGCAGGGAUUCAGGAACACUCAGAGACAGACGAAUGACAUUUUUACGCUGUGAUGAAAGAUGACAUAUAUGAGAGAUAUAGGACAAAAUCUUUGGUUGUCAAUUUACAUAUUGUGUUUCCAAGUUGCUUUUCAAAGUUUUUAACAGUGUCUUGAAUUAAUACCACAAAUCAGAAUAUAUGAGUCCUCACUGAAGACACAAGUAGAUUGUAGAGAUGAAAAUACCUUAUACCUAGUUUGCAAAAUGGAAAUUUUCUCUUGCUUCUGUGAGGAACUUUAUUUUCUGCAUCCUGCUGGUUUUUAAUAGACCAAAGUAUUGAUUGAAUAUGAUUAUUUGACACUUUAACCAGUGGAAACAAUUGCUAAUCCCUCUCACCCACUGCACCAGACUGUGGGAGCUUUAAGCAGCUCCUUCAACAGCAGACUUAGACUCCCACCUUGCAGGACGGAGCGCUACCGCAGGUCAUUCCUCCCCUCUGCAAUAAGACUUUACAACGAACUGUAAUAAUAACUGGAUUUACACCACCACUUUUUUCUGGCAUUUAAAUUGUGUAUAUUGUAGAUAGUUUUAUUUUUCCACUCCCUUUUUCCUUUUUCUAAAUUUUUUCUUAAUUAUUACAUUUAUUUAAGUUCCUAAUAUUAGGAUCUGUAUUUUUAUAACUGCAUUUUGCACUCUUCGUCUGUGAUGCCGCUGUCCCAAAAAAAUUUCCCCCAGGGGGAUCAAUAAUGGAAUAUUCUAUUCUAUUCUAUUCUAAUUGCUCAAAUACUGCUAAAUUGUGCUUCACUACUUCAUGUUACCUGUCAUAUGUGCUUGUUCUUCCAAAAAGUGGAGUCCUAUAGCAUCAUGGAAGUACAAUUUAACCAGAGCGACAGCCCCUGGCCAAUGUGGGGUACAGUUUUCACAUAACUUAUGAUUGUUAUUUUGCUGUGGGCGUACAAUCAUGAAAAAUCCCUUGAAUAAACAAGUAAAUCUUGGCUGACGUGUGAGGGUGACAGCGUUUCAUUCUUUAGCCAAAUAAAUGCACACAAAGCUUGCCGCCUUGUUGACAUGUUGUUGAUCACCUUUCUUUUCUGUCCACAUUCGAGCACUUUGUCAUCUGACAAGCUUCAAACGAUCUUCGUUUAACCCCUAUGCUGUCUCAAAGUCAAUGCUUUUGAAGAAUUCCUGUCAAAUAGAAGAAAAGCAUAAAAACUCAGCAUUACAUUUUUUAUAGUUUAAAAGAUUCCCUAUUAUGGCAUUUUUCAUCAAGUUUAAAUCGGUCCCAGAGGUCCCACAAUAGUAAAUUUGAAGUUUAGAAUAGAAUAGAAUAGAAUAUUCCUUUAUUGAUCCCUCAUGGAGGAAAUUUUUUUGUCACAGCAGCAUCACAGACAAAGAGUGCAAAAAUGCAGUUAUAAAAAUAAAGAUCCUAAUAUUAAGAACUUGUAAAAAAAAAAUGUAAUAAUUAAGAAAAAAAUUAGAAAAAGGAAAAAGGGAGAAGAAAAAUAAAACUAUCUACAAUAUGCACAAUUUAAAUGCCAGAAAAAAGUGGUGGUGUAAAUCCAGUGUCUAAAGCACCUGUUUAUUUGUGGAUGUCAGCCAGCAUGUACCCCCCUCUUUUUGAGCUCCUCUGAGAACGGGCUGAUUCUGCACCUGUACCUUAAAAUGAUAAUGAGCUGUGUGUAAACAUUUUCCUAAAUAGAAGCGAGUCUGAAGAUGUGUACCAACAAUGGUAAACACAUGCGAUUGCAGCCCAAGCACUAGUCAUACGGGCAGCAGUAAAGCAACAUAAAAUGGUAAAACUUACAACUUCCACGUUUGGAGUUGGGCCCCUGACACGGACAGUCAGUACAGAUCCAGGUUUAAUCUUCAGCUUCUUAGCAAAUCCUGCUUUGAACUGCCCCUUGAUGGUAACACAGUCCAUGGUGAAAUGGUUAGCACACACAUACAACAUUUUCAGAGUUGUUGUGGGUACAUUUCCAUCCUCAAAUCUUCUGACAAAGGAGGCAGAAAUAGACUCCUGUGGGUCGUAGCUUCGAAAUGGUUGCUGUGUCGGAGCGGCGUAUGCGAGGGGAAAAAAUGGCGGACAGUACCUCAGCGAAGAAAUUUUAGAGGGCCGGGCUAACGAUUAUCAGGGGCGCUGCCACCAACAUGUAGGAGGGGCUUAUGUGGUUAUGUCGUCAUAACCACACAGCUUUUCCAUUCGCCCAUUUGCGCUCAUGAUUCCAGAAAGGAGGGGAAAGCAAGAGAGGAAGAGAAUGAAUUCUUGGAGGGGAUGAAUAUUAUUGGUAGAAAACCACCAAAAAGUGGAUUUUUCAUAACAGGGGACCUUUAAAAAAGAAUGAUCUGACUGCUAUCAUGGGUUCUUUAUGGAAAAGAGUUUACUAUUUAAAAUCCUCCACACCAACCCCUGUUCCUCUGUGCUUUUGAACCCCAUUCAACAAGAGAGAUCUCCUCUUAUCCCCCAACUUGAAUCUGUGUUAAGCCUUAAUUUGAAAUCCAGUGUCUCAGUCCCGCUGGGUAAUAAGUGAGAAAGCUAAAUGAUUUGGAGUGAAUGAAGAUAAAAGCUUUUUUUUUUUUUUAUAACAGGCAAUAUGAUAUGCUUAGUGUUCCAGCUUCCUCCCCUCUAGUGAUGACUCUGAGAUAUUUUAAUUACCAUAACAUUUUUCCUAGAGUUAAUAACGGUAUAAAUAAUUCAGGUUAUCAAAUCACUGAUAACCACUGGGACAAUAAUGAGAGCAGUGGAGAUGAUACCAUACCACUCUGUCUGUCAGCUCGAAUAAAAAAACACCAACCCAGAAAUUAAACUCCAGCGGCUGCAUCUUUAAUUACUUUGCAAUUUGAAGGCAAGUACCUGCUCUGCUAAGAGCCAACUGUUUCGUAUGAAUAAGUUAUUACCACUAAUUGACCGUGGCUGGAGGCCUGUUGCAUGAGAUGAGAUGAAUACGAUGAAGCAGUAAACUGUGUCACUUAUUUUCUCGUAAAUGCGUUGCUGUUUUAAAGAACAUUAGUUUCAAAGAGUGAGUUUUAAUUUGUGCUGCACCCGCUUGCUCUCACCCCCUGAUUACUUUUGCUUUUCUUUCUCCCUCUUUUGUUUCCAUGAAUCUUCAGUGAUCAGGCAUCUAUCAUGAUCCUGCUAAUUGACCCUGAAAUAUAGAUUUGCAGCAGUAUUUUCACCACACCCAUUAUAAAGUACAUCACUUCUUAUUAAUAAAUGGCAGCUGUAGAGAUUACCUUCAGGCUGUCAUAUUUUUCUGCCUUCAUUCCAACUCUAAUCUGGUUUCGAUCACCUUAUAACUUCAACAUUUUGAUCCUGCUCACAUCCUCAUUUUUCGUUCUCAAUCUUUGCUUCUUUUCUUUCUCAGCUCCUGCAGAGUUUGUUCAAGCUCCGCAGUCCAUCGCUCGGCCUGUUGGCACCACUGCCAUCUUCACCUGCCAGGCCCAGGGCGAGCCUGAGCCUCAGCUCACCUGGCUGAAGAACGGGCAGAUUUUGGAGCCUGGGGGACAUGUCAAACUCAGGAACAACAACAGGUAAAAAAAAAUCCAUAUAUAUCACAUAUUUCUUUAUUUUAAGGAGGUGGACAUUUUUACAUAGAAAUAAAGUAAGUAGUAAAGCAGCACAUGACUGAUUGUUCUGGUUGAUAAAAUGCCUGAACCUGGCUGCUGAGGGGAAGGUGUCAAACAAGGAGAUGAAUCACAUGCCACUGACACAGCUUCUUUUUAAUAAUCACCAAAAAUUCAUUUUACAAUUUUAAGAAAACAGGAUGAAGUGCCUCAUUACAAAAAACACAACUAACACAAGUAACGAACCACGAAGAAACAACAUGCGUCACUUUGUCAACAAGAGCUGCCUUUAUUGCCCAAAAACUUACAGUUCCUCGUUGGAGCUUUAAGGAAAGCAAGUCUGAAUGUAUCAACUAUUUCUCAUCAUUUCUUGGCAUCCUGAUUUUGUGUCUUUUACAAUUUUAUUUCCAUCACAUCUAUUGUUUCCAUUCAUUGUGCCAAAAAUAUCAGACAAAAAACUCACUCGAGACAUCGAAUAUUUAGCAAUCACAAUUCAAACAGAAAAACUUUGUCUUUGUAGUUUUCCAUCUUAAAAGUCUAAACAGUUUUAGUGAAAAUAGCCUUAAAAUAAUAAUUAGUAAAAGAGAGAUUGGCAGCAAGUAUCGAUGCAAGACUUAAUGGAAGCCUUAUAAGUCCCAACUUUGUUUUUAGUAAUUGAUUUAUUACAGAUCACCUGAUUUGUCAGGAUCCUCUAGGUUUACAGUCCACUUGCAGAGUCUGAAUCAAAAUCCAGACACUUGAUUUAAAUCAAGCGCCCCAAAGGUAAUUCCCUCCAAAUCAUCUGACUGCGUCCUUACAAAGCUGGACUGGGCACCCAGAGACAAACAUGGAUGUCAGUGAUAAUCACUGCUGCCUUGAUCUGAUCAUUGGCUUCAUCAGAUGCUCAAUUUCUCUGCCUUUCUGUCGCUGCCCGCAUGGCAGCUGCUUGAAUUCAUGCCUGCCAAGACAUGAGCUUCAAUUUAUUUGCGCCUUUGUCUGUGAGCAGCGUAUUGACUGGAUGUUGGAUGCUUUCCCAUGCCAGUCCCCAGGAAUGUCAUGAGGAGGUGGACCCCACAACAAGCCUUGUGGUUUCCAUCGUCAGGACUCGGUUCACACUGGAGUGGCCUCCUUAUUUACUGUAUGUGGCAUGGGAGUGCUGUUUUAAGAAAACGCAUUUGGAGCUACUUUUGCUCUGCUUUUAUCAUAAUUCAAGCACAUGAACUCAGUUGUAGUGUUUUUGUGGUUAGCUAAAAAAGUGCCAGUAUAAAGUUUUUUUUGAUUUGCAGAGGUCGUAAAAAUAAUAAAUUACAAGCAUCGGAUGGCCUGUUACUAAUACUACUGGGUGUGUGCUUGUAAACUACUUCUGUUAAGUGUAACUGCAAGUUCAAUUUUUCCAGUUGACCCUGGCAGCCAGCAGUCCGUGCAUGUUUGUAUUAUUCAGUGAGAGAAAUAUGAAGUGAGCACAUUAGAUAUGCACCGAAAAAAUCGAUACUUGCACUCCGUAGCAGUUAGUGAAGGGGGCAGACACCUCCAUCACUCACACGUACUGGUCCACUCCCACUUAUCCCCACUCGUCUAUAUCAGUCAGAGAGAUGGGGCGAGGGAUUAACAAAGGAGGAGAGAAGAGAGGAAAGAAAUAAAUGAGAGGCCAGACGUAGAUGUAGAAAAAAUUAGAAGAAAAAUGAGCGGGUGGUCAGACGAGAAAUGAUGAGUCGGCAGGAAGAACAAAUGACCAGAGAGAGAGAGAGAGAGAGAGAGAGAGGAGAAUCAGAGCGUCAUGGCAUCUCCACUUGCCACCAUUAGUGAAGGCUAUGGACCUGCUGUAAUAUGGAUCUCAUGCAUCACAAGGUGCGCACUGUGAUUGGUUAAGGAGGCAGGCCUCAGCUCGAGAACUACCAUUAGCUAAUUAGCCCAUAAACUCAGCCAGUUGACCAGGAAAUGUAGUCAGCCAUUUAAAGAAGAGAGGAGAACUCCGUGCACCUUCAGACUGCGAGGAGAGUCAAGAGAACAUGUUAGAACCUGAUCCAUUAACUCACUCCCUCAUAGAAAACGACUUUAUAAUAUCAGAGUUUCUGUCCCACACAGACAUUUUUACAUUUUUACUUGCUCUACUACUUAUUUUUAAGACAGAGCUCCUCACAUUCAGUCAAUCUCUCGAAGUCUAAAGGUCAGAAAAUUGUCUGAAAUUUUAACAUUAUUCCUUAAGUUCAUUUUUUUAACCAAUCGGCACUACGCUAUCAUUGAAGUUCAGUGAAAGGCAACAAUUCUGGCAUUUCCAAAUUUUGCUUUGAGUUUAGAGUUUAUUUAGAGUUUUGGGGCGAAUCAUUUCACAAGAAUGAGGCGUCUGACAGUAUACGGUCUGAGUGAGGUGGUAGAUGAAAAAAGAACAAUGGAGGUUCAGGACCUCAGGUGUUAUCCAUACCCACUGCGCAAUGCGACGUCGAAAUGACAUCUAUUUAACUUAAUUUUUCGACGAUGAGGUACAACUGUGGACGUCAUUUCAGCGUCUAAAAGAGGUCCAAUAAUGACGUCUAAAUCUUGGAUCCUAGAUUUGGUCUUCGGAUGACUUCCAAAUUCUAAACGUCAGCGUGCCGUCUAAAAAAGGUCCAAUUUAGACGUCAUAAUUUCUAACCUAUUUUGCACGUCUCGCUGACGUCUAGAUGUGCACAUCUCUUCGACGAUGUUUGGUGGCCUGUGUGCACCGACAGCAUUUUUUUUUUGUCACAACCUCAAUUUCAGAGCGCUUCUCAUGGGUGCUAACUGCUGCAAGGAUACAAAAGUUAUCCUGAAACAAUAAAUAAACAAUUUAUUUAUUAACAUUUUUUCAUAAACAGUGUUCAACUUUAAUAACAGCAGCGACUUCACCCAUACCCACCUCCCUCCCUAAUGAUAAUAAUGAUAAUAAUGAUCAUAUAUAAAAGAAAAUAUAAAAGUUAAUAAAUAAAAGGAUAAAAUAAAAUAAUUAUCAAAAUAACAAUAAUUCUAAUAAUAAACAAACAAUUAGCUAAAUCAUUAAAAAAUAAAAAAUUACAGCAAAAUACAUGCAGCAAAGGUCAAGACAUUAACAAUGGAAAAGCACAGCUACUCCUGCAGAGGUGCUACAUCCAACAACCACCACCACACCACUGACAGUACUCAUCUAGUUAACUGUGAGAAGUAAUCCAGAUACAUUUUAAAGUCAUUCCAGAAUUAGUCAAAAAGAUGGGGUUUCUUUUUCACAUUGAACAUAGUUUUUUCAGAUGUAUGACAUUGAGCUUGUUUUAAAAUGUUCUUCCAUUCUAAGAAAUUGUUUAAGCACUGAUUGACAUUGUCGUCUUGCAUUAGCAGCAGCUUGAGACCUGUAAUAGUGCCCCUUGAAAAAUAAUUGAAACUGUUUUUGUGCAGACCCCCAUGUGUUUUAAAAUGUUGAACAAACACUUUUAAACUUGCGGUGAACACAGAGAUAAAAGAGUGCGUAAAAGUGGAGGAACUGGGUUUGAAUCUCAUACAUUCUUAAAAACUCAUAUUGCAGUGAAUAAUUCUUAACCAAAAUUAGGAUCCUUCACUUCUUAGCGCCUCAAAACCGAUAUACCGUGGUUUAGUUUCCAGGAUCAGCUUUGAGAAAACAGUUCAAUAUGUUACAUUUACGAGUUUUCUAUCAUUUUAACAAACACACAGCCUCAUUAUGUUGAUGAAAGCGUACAAUUUGCACAUCCCAUGAAAUGCUCAUUUCUAUCUGCUGAUUAUUUUUAAUUAGACUCUGUUGAAUUCACUCAGACUUUUGUGUUGAUUAUUUAGGAGUCACACAUGAACACUGUGGGGGGUUGGAGUGAAACCUGUAAACCUCCAUGUUUACAGGCAAACACAUUCUCCUACCGCGUUAUUGCAUCUUGGUUGUAUUUACGAAAAUUGAUGAAAGGGUCACACAGAGAUGAUUUCUACCUGAGGCCCAAAAAAGAAAUGUGGUUUAACAGAAAGAGCGGGAAAUGAGAAGUGUAGAAGAGUGAGGCAUGGGCCACAUUUUACCCCCAGAACCAAACCCAGACAACUUUAAUGAUAUGCAAAUGGUAUUCAACAGCUCCGGGCUGCACAGUGAUGCUGUUCUUACAUAUACAAUAGACUAUCUGAUAGAGAGGCUGAAUAUACAGUGAGCACAAAAUACCUAGCAGAGGGAUUUUAAUUAAUGUGUGUAGUGGCUACGAUUCUGUUGGUGUGUGUGCGUUAAAAAUGCACACACAGACACACACAUGCGGAGGUUUCUCCCCUAAGCCAUCUCUCAUGAAGCUGACCUUCAAAAGCCAAUCGGACAGGAGAAGGAAGGGGAAUCGAUUGUACAUUUCAUUCACACACACGCAUGCACACACAUUAAUCAAAAAGCAAGUGGGUCCGUAUGUGCACAAACAGCCCCAUGGUGCGUGCCAUCAUUCGUUUUUGUGUGCACGCAUAAUCAAACAUGAAAAUGUGCAAACGUGUUGCCCGUUUUCCCCCCUCAUACACGCGCACGCUCUACGCACAAAACACACAUGGAGGAGACAAAGCUGUGUAAAACGUUGUAUAGGAUGAGAUGAUGUCAGAGAAGAGCUGAUUGGCUGCUUCGGUAAACAGACGUUGGUGCUCAGGGUGAAGCUGUGUGUUUGCUCUCUCUUUCACAUCUCAACUGAUCUUGAUACACACACACACACACUCAGACACAAACAGGCACACACAUUAUCGGUACCUUGGUCAUUAUUAGCCCGUGCUGACCGGGCUCAUGUGAAACAUGCUUUCAUGGCUAUUUGAAGCCUCUGUGAGAGCUGCUGCUAAUUAUGCAUAAAUACUCGCCUGGCUUUUAAGUCUUUAAAGUUGACAUUUGUAAUCAUCCAACAAGUACAAGCUGUGAUCUCGCUCAAGACGCUGCAAAAUGGUGAGGAUGAGAGCCAACCUGUGUUUUGUUAUGAUGACCGAACUUUGAGGGGAACCGAGCGAUGAAAGAAAUAAACCAUGAGUAUUUCCUAAGAGUGUUUAAAUCCUAUAAUAAAGAGGAGAACAUGUGUAAAGUAUGUGUGUGUGUGACGCCAUGGUGCGUUUUAUAAUUAAUGGCCAACAUCUAAGGGAACGGCCCACCACACAAAUCUGGACGUUUCACUGCAAAAUCCUUUCAAAGGGGAUUUUUCCUUUUCUUUUCUUCCCCUCUCUCUUUUUUUCUACUUUCUUCACCAAGACCUUCCUUUCUUGUUUGCGGCCCCUCUCUGCGCCCCACAUCCCCCCUUUCCUGCCCCCAUUACAGCGUGCUGGGGCCUGGGCAUUGGCCUUGAACUCUGACCCUGCCUGUAAUCAGUCAUAUCCCAGGGCCCUUCCCUCCUCACAGGCCACAGACAGCUCAUCGCUCCUCCCUUCCCCCCCUCUUCCCCACCUCUUCCUCCUGUUCCCUCUUUGUCCCCCCUUUUUUUUUUUCUCUCCCCCUUUCCCGCUUGCCCGAUCCAGUAUGGCCACGCAGGCUGUUGACGGGGCGCUGCUCGGAGACAGCGGAGAGUAAACACAGCCAAACAACAGGCCGAAAGGAUCCCCUUGGCAGCCACUCCCCUGGCCCUCAGCCUUAUCCAUCAAUCUGUGAAAUGACCUUAAACUGAUGAGUAAAUGAUGGUGUCAAACUGUCAAGACAGGACAGCUUGGCUUAGGAGCUCGUGUAAGAGGAGCAAACAGCCUAAAAUCAGGCAAUGUACCUCCCAGACCCCUUCACUGGGGGUGUCUGUCCUCCAUUUUUCCUCAUCCUUUGUGUGGAUCUGUGGUGGUCCUGCUCUGCUGCUGCAUGAUAAUGAAGAUUGAUCUGUUUCUAAAAAUUAAGACGACAUUAACAGCUUAGAAAUAAUCAAAAAAGACUCAUCUGUGAGCGAAUCUCCCUAGCCGAGUUACUCUUUUGGAUAUUAAGGUGUUAUCAUAAACCUGUCUAGAUGAAAUACUGAAAAAACAACAUUUUCAGGCUUGCAGAGGACUUGCAUGAAAUAAAUCCAGUGGUGCUUGACAGUACAAAGGAUUUGACUAAAUUUCUGCAGGUUUUGUCCCUAUCGGUUCAUGAUAAAUCCAUUACAGUUGUGAUUCAACCUGAAACCAAUUCCUCUGACCAUCCAUCAUCCACCAGGUCUUUCCCAGGAAAUAGCCCAGUAUUAGAAGGAAUGUGGUUUAUGUUUCAGGCUGCAGGAGCAGAGCAGAGUCACCGAAGUAACACCCCACUUCAAACAGAAACACAGCGCUCUUUCUUCAGAGAGAUGAUACCGAGUCAGGCUCAAAUACAAGCUUUUAAAGGACUACUUUUUAACGAAGGGAGGAGACGACAAAUUCAGCAAUUUCUUCUGAGAAUUAAAGUGAAACCUCUGGAGCUAGUAUGCUACGGCAUCAAAGUUACAAAGCUUGUCUCCUGUAAUGAAUAGCACUGCUUCAGUACACACAGGUUUAAUUAUUUAUUAUAUGUAGCUGCUCUUACUAACUGUUAAAUACUGUAAUAGCACGUGAAAACUCACCCACUGAGCAUUUUUUGGUCUAAAAGAGGUCUAAUAGACGUCUAAAUGUAGCCGAGACGACUGGUCUAAAAUCAGGCUACCACAGGUCUAAAAUGAAAGUUUUUUAGACGUCUAAAUUUAGAAUAAAUCUGGGCUAUAUCUAUACCACACUGUACAUUCCUCAACAGCUAUUAUAACUAUUUUGAUUAAGUACUUGGAGAUCAAUUAUGCAACUCACAGUUUGAAAUAAAUAGUUAUCGAAUAAUGGGUUAAAGAGCAACGUCUAAAUUCUGUUUAAAAAUAUACAGAAUCCAGACGGUUGAAGUUAAGUCAAAAAAAAAAAACAAUACAUCUAAUAAUCGUCUGUUGCUCAGUGGGCAUGGGACACUUAAAGGAUAAAUAAAUGAAUAAAGUCUACACAGAUGGUUUUCUUCAUAUUAGGGGUUUUAUUUUUCAAUUAUUAGACUAAAAUAUUAGAGAGGUUUGUUGGUUCUUUAGACCGUCAUUAAGAGGGCUGCUGCCAUAAGUUUAAUAAGCCACCAGAUGUCACUGUGUUUGCCAAGCAUUGAAUCUUUAGUCAGCACAUAUUUAGAAAAAAACAAAGCUUCAUAAGGUUUAAUCUGCCCGUCACUACUUUUAGAUUUAGAUGCAAAGCGAGUAGACAUGCAUUUUGAUAAAUGCUUAUCAGCCCAGUUAUGUUACUCAAUCAGACCCCAUACUGCGUGUUUCUGUCAUUUAUCCUGUAAAGCAUAAAGGGAGUUUGACUGCAGGUGUGGAAUUUCAUAACCUCCACAUCAGCAGGUCCUGUCGGCAUGUAUGCAGCACCUAUUUACUGUAUAUAUGCAUGUGUGUGUGACUAAGCACAAACGUGGUGUGAACGCUACUGUACCUGCAGAAACAAGCGACGCCUUGUGAAAUUUCCCUGCCUUUCCCUUCUAACACACUCAGGGGGCCCAUACAGGCCCCUGGUGAUAUCAGUGCAGCACGUCCCUGGGGGCCUCUUUGCAGCGUCUGGUGCAGCUGCCUGUCUGCAAACACUCCAUCCAUCGCUGAUAUGAAAGGCUGUCAGAGACGUGAUGGUUGAGUAGUGAGCUGAAGGCUGGCAACUGUUGCCACCUCAGGGGUCAGAGGUGAGAUUGGCUCAGAGAGGGUGAAAUACAGAGGGCCUCUUUGACCUGAUAAUUAUCCAGAUUGAAUCCACCUGACAGACCGGGGAGAAUAAUAACUCCUCUACCUGGCAGCCCUGUGCUGACCCAGAUUAGAAAACGUACAGUAAUUGUAUCCUGGCACAUCAAUUUCAGACGAAAUGAAAUGAUUCACUUCCCAUCCUGCGCGCUGACCCACAGGAGUUCUCCGCUGUCCUAACAAAUCCAUCCGUACAAACCACACCGAGACUGCUAUGAGGUCAGCACUGUCUGUCGAGAGCUGAAAUGCCACUUUCCUCAUGUCCCAUUUCACCCGUGCAGAAGGUGACCAUGACAGACCAUGUGCCUCACAAAGGGCUCAUGUGAUGUUCUUUCAAUAGAUUGCAUGUUUCUCCUCCUGGGAUCAUCCUGACAUUUCUUAAUUAAUUUUGAUUUAAUACACAGAGGGGCCAACUUGUCAGUCAAAGAAAGAUGGCAAUCUGUCUGACAGGUCCUUAUAAACUGAGAUUGACAGAUUAUCAGAACGCUGUGGGAUACGUUGAGCUCCUGUGGCAUUCAAUUUUCAUGUUCCUACUAAAGGCGCGGCAUCAAAAACAGGAGCCAAAGGGGUUUUCUUCUUUUAAUGUGAAAAAUGCUUCGGAUCUCUUAAAAUACCGUGACUAAAGGCCAUCUUGAAGAAAAGAAAAAUGGACAAAGCUUCAACUCGAGCCUUUUGAAUUCCCAAGCCAGUCAUUAUUUGUGUUUGUUCCCACUCCUCGCCUGCACAUAUUAUACCUUAAACGCAGCAGGAAUGGCCUUGGUGUGAAAACAGCAUGGAGAAACCUUUAGUGCCACAAGGUCUCAUUUCCAUACAGUGUUAAAUGUUUUAUUUUUCCUUUUGCCUCAGGACAAACACAUCGAGAGGUACUCUCUUCUAAUAACACCUACUCAACAUGCAUGCACAAUUCAUACAGACACUAUGCCCUUUUGUAUUUCUUGUAUAAGGGAAGACAGACCAGGUUGGAGAGGAGAGAAGAUGAAGAGGAAGAUGAUUCAAUAGAAGGACGGAAAUGUGACAGAGAGAAAAGAGAUGAUGAAAAGAGAGGGUGUAGAGCGGGGUUAUUGAGAAAUAUGAUCUACUUUAUAAACGAGUUUAUGUGUUCAUAGGUAUAUGAUGUCGAACUCAAUGUUUGCUUGAGUCCAAAGACUCAAUUUGAUGCAAAGAAAAGACAUUUUCUGAAAUUUGAAAUGGAUUUCAGCUAAAAGAAAGAGUUUGUGCUCUGUUUGACCGAGGAUCCCUCUGCACACAUGAUCCACAUUCAUCCUCCAUAUUUUAUGCAGCUCUCUCUUCUCAGGUGUAGAGUUCACACAUCAUGUAUCUUUGUGCGGAUAUUCUUGGAGACUUGAGAUCUGUGGUUAAAUUUACUGAGCAGUUACCUAUUAGCGUCUGAAGGGUGUGAUUAGACGCUCCUUAUAAAUAAGAGCUCUUUAGUUGGAUGUUGGAUUAACAGUUUUACCUCCAUCGAGGAUCCAGUGUUUUUGGUGUUGUUUUAAAGUAGAAUCAAUUUAAUUAAGUCACGACUAAUUUAAUGUAAAAGGUUUUUUUCUGAGUCUCAGACAAAUCUAUACAGAUCCUACUGAUUUAUUUAUAUUUUUCAAACACUCUUCAGCAUUUUAAUUUAUUCGAACACACUGUGUAAAUCAGUUGGAUGAGUCUGAAAACCUGAAAAAUAAAGACAAAAUAUUCUCAAGAAUUACAGGAUUGAGAAAUUCUUCAAAAAUCACAGCAGGUUGCUCCCAAAUGUACAAUUCUUGUCAGUUUCCGAUGUAAAACAAAUGAAAAGAGGACCCACAUGCAGAACAAAAAAGGGUUUAUUUUUUAAAAAAGAAAGGAAGCAAAAUCCACAGAAACAAAAAUCAACGGGGACUCACUGGGGACACAAGCAUGCACACACCAACAAACAACACACAUACGAUGAACCAACCAAGAAACAGGGGAAGACAAGGACUAUAUGCACACACAGGGAAAUGAGCAACGAGAGGCAGGUGAGACACAAGUGCAGAAAAUUAAAGAGGAGGGAAAACUGAGUAAAACCGGACUAGAAACACAGGGAAUAAACUACUACAAAAUAUAACAGGACACACUGAAAAUUGAUAUAAAGAAUAAAACACUGAGAACAGGAGGGAAACGGGGCCAGACACAAACUAAAAACUCUCAAGACAAGACUACAGGGGAACAGAAACAGUCGUGAAAAUACAAAGUAAAUACACUAGAAUCACAAAACCAGGGGAAAAACUAAAUCAACAGAACAUGUGACAAUUCGUGUGUUAUCAUUUCAGAAGUAGAGAUCGCUCAAACAGUGAAAUAAGACUUUGUAUUUCACUGCAAAAUAAAGUGAAAUGUCCCCAGAAAUUUGGCUUCAGAUCACCUUUUUGGGGACUUAACCAAAACAACCUGUAAUGAACUUUUGAAAGAAAAAGACUAUUUCACAGAACAGUUAAGACUGCCAUGUAUUGGAGUUAAUUGUCACUCACUGUCAUCUGUGUCUUGGAAAACUCAUCUUCAACUCUUUCCUCUUUCUUCUCCUCGUCUUCCUCCUCUCACAGCACACUGACGAUCUACGGGAUCAGCCAGGACGAUGAGGCAAUUUACCAGUGUAUUGCUGAGAACAGUGCCGGCUCCACGCAAGCCAGCGCCCGUCUCACAGUGCUGUGGGCUGAUGGUCUGCCCGGGAUGCCCACCCACGUGCAGGCUGAGGCCCUCUCACCCACGACUAUACAGGUGUCCUGGAGGGAGCCUGAUCAGAACACUCAGGACAUCAUCGGCUACGUGCUCCACAUCCGCAGAACUUCAGGUGGGGCUUCACUGAAGAGCUAGACACUGGUUUGGCAAAAGCUUGAGUGUUAGAAAAGAGUUAGAAAAAAACUUAUUUAAAAGGCAGAUCACAUAAAAACAAAUUUAAAUUAAUAUGUGUUUUUGCGUGUGUGUGUUUCCUGUUGCAUGCAUCCCUCAUGUGCAGUUUCAAGUGCAGAAUUCCAGUAGCUAUCUACAGGAAUUCAAAGACCAACCUUCCUAACAAACAAGUUUGAGUGUUUAUAGCUACAGAAGAAGAACCUACACUCCACUGUUAAGAAAGAUUUAAUGAGUACAAUUAAAGAACCUACCGUAUUUCAGAUUUUCUGGCCUUGGGAUUCAUAUCUGUGAGUGUGGUACUCCCAGUGUGAUCAUACAUGCUCAUGUGCAAUCCUGUUUACGCUCAUGCAGUGUGUUUUUAUGGCUCUUGGCAAGUGUAUGUGUGGGUGUGUUUUUGUAUGUGGUGAGAGUCUCAUGGAGCCAGCUGCUGGCUCUCCUCAGUAGUUCUAUUGGAUGGAUAAUUAAGGGCCCCGGGGGCCAACCAAUAGGAUCUGCUGUAAUUACCGUUCCAGGAUGGCAUGGAGCGAUGGGUUGGGGGUUGGAGGUAGAUAGCGGUUAUGGUUGGUUGUCUCUGGAUUAAGAGCAAUAAAAUGCUUUAACACAUCCUUUAUAACUCCCACUUCUACCUCUUCCAUCUCCUCUCUCCACCCCUGCAAUUCAGCCAACCAUCGUCAUCCAGGCUCCUAGGGCCAAACUAGAUUAGCUAUUACCUAACAGAGCUGCUCUGAUAAAACCAGGGAAAUGGCCAAUAACCAUAAAAUCAUGCUGAAAAUGGAUUGUACCUAUUGUUUCCUUUUGUAAUGUUAUUUUCCACCGCUUUAAUCCUUUUUCUUUAUUCUAAUCCAUAUUUUUUCUCAUCUUUGUGUGUCUUUUCUUGCCUCCUCCCCCCUGUUUCUCUCCCAACACCUCCUUCUCUGUUACUCCAUCAUUCUUCCCGCAGACCCAGCAGAGAUGGAGUAUGAGGAGGCUGUCAGCAAGGUGACGCUGCAGCAGAUCAUCAGGGACCUGGAGCCCUCCACCAGCUACACUUUUUACGUCAAGGCUUACACAUCCCACGGGGCCAGCAAACCAUCCGACAGUGCAACUGAAAGCACUCAUGGGGAAGGUGAGCUGAUAGCACAUACACAAUCCUACCCUUAAGGAUAGCUUAUACCUGAAAUAAAAAUGCAUAGAGAUUUGCAAGAGAAAGGCGACAUUUACUUUUAUAGAAGGGAAAAAAAAUCAGAAAUAAAAAAUACAUAGCUUUGCAUUAGUUUGAGUAUUCCUCUUUGAGUAAUCCUGAGCCUUUGCUAUACCCAAGUCCACAUGACUUACUAUGUUGUGACGUUUCAAAAUAAAAGCUUUCUUAUUAACAGUUUUUUUCUCUGCUGUGUUGCAGUUCCAGCUCCUCCUUCCCUCUACACAAAGGUUGUGAACGGCAGUGUUGUACAAGCAACAUGGGAGCCUUCCUCGAAGAUGGGCCAACACCAAGGCUUUAGACUGUUUUACAGACGGGCUCACACACCUCUGUUUACCGGUCCCAUCGACUUCCCCCGCAACGUCACGCAGUACAACAUCACUCAGCUGGGUGAGUGAUGGAGUUUGACAGAUGAAAAAUCAUGCUUUAAUCAAACCAACUGAGCUGUCACUAUCUUUUUUUUUUUUUUUAAAUCUAAUACAACGCUGUGAUUAAGGCCCAUCAAUAAUGUGCUAAGCAGCUCAGACUAGGGUUGGGCAUCUUAAGUAUAAUGCCAAUACGAUACACAUCUCAAUACAAUGUCUCUGAUUCAAUAUGCGUAUACAUGCAGCUGAGAAAACCUCCCCAAAAGUAGGGGGCGAUAUAGGUCUUUUCAGCUGCGCUGUUUCCAACCCCAUACAACUGUCAACAACAACAGCAGGUCCGUGUCAGACGUCAGAAGUGUCUACAACUGCAGCUGGGCAUUUUCAAGCAAGAAGAUAGAGCAUCUCACAGCGUUGUAUUUGUCGUACAUGAUGUAUGCGCUACUUCUUCUGCAGAUGAGGCGCACGCUACUCCUCUCCUCUGGUGUUUUUGUUCUGGGGUUUGGGGGGGCGUGGCGCACGCGAACAUGCAUUAUCCAAUCGUACUUCGACUACGCUGGUUACAUGGUAGAGAAAAUCAAAUUCCAAUCACAUUAUCUGGGUGUCUUAAUCAGAGUUCUCAAACUCUUAUUAUAGUCGGACUAAGGUGUUUACAUGCACUAAAGUUGUCUGAUCUUAAUCAGAGUAAGGCAAUAAUUUGGUUUUCUCGAGUGUCAUGUAAACGUAGUGACUGACUACCCUAUAUAUCUUCUAACUUUGUUGUAGAGGGCAGGGGUCUGCUUUUUUUCAGUUUGGUAUUUUAUAACAAAGCUCAAACAUGGAGGAGGUGUUUGAAACCUUCGUUUUCUGUUACACUGUAAUGCUAAAUAUCUUUGCAGAUGAAAAAUGCGAUAGCAUAUGUUAGUGUCAUUGAGCACGUAGAGUUAUCAGCAAACAGGGAAUGGAAGAAAUUUGCAAUAUUUAGCUCAAUACUUCUGGAGCUGCAGGCAAAUCUGAGCUGGAAGCAGGGGAGGCGGGGGCGCUAGCAGACCCCUCCACGACAACACCGUGGCGCCAAGUUACGAGGUUAGUCGUCCUGCCUGUUUAUUUUACAGCAGCGCGCACAUUAAGCAAAUCUGUCUCGUCAAGUUGUCCGUCUUUUGUGUAAAACCCGGAGUGUUGCCAAACUUAAGAUUCACAACUUGAAGGAGGAUGAAUUUGCUCAGCCAUGUUUGUUUACCUUACUCCUUACUUUCCUUCUCACUGCUAGCGUUCAUCCGCGGAGCUGAUUCGUUAGUUUGUAGUGUACAUCCGCAAGUCUGAAGACCUCAAAAUGGUUUGGUAACGUAAAAAAAAGUUAUGUAUUAAAUGGAUCAGAUUGUAUCAAUACAAACACAUAAUAACGAUACAUCUCAAUAUGCAUUUGAAACUGCAUUCAUUCUCAGCUGCUCUACCGGUGCACCCACAUCUUGCACGUGCGUGACCGCGGAUCGAUACAUAUCGGUUUAUCUUCUCAUCCCUCGCUCAGACUCACUUGGUGGAGUACGAGACUAGAACUAAAAUCACCUGUGGAAAAAAUAGUCCCUGAAAGUUUCUACCUUUAAUCCCAGCAAAGCGACAGGAACUUUUUCUAUGUCGUGGUGAUUGGUUUCUACAUCUGACAGUGUCCACCUUACAAAGCCUGUGUGUCACUGAUGAACCAAAAACCACUUUCUGUCUUUUUGUCCAGAUCCCUCCCUGGUCUACGAGAUAAAGCUGAUUGCUUUCAACCAGCAUGGAGACGGCAACGCCACCGUGCGAUUCGUCUCUCUUCGAGAGGCUGUGGAGAAAUCUGGUGACUAUCUGACACACUACAAAUAGCCACACUGCCCCACAUCGGCACAGUGCAUUAAAUUUCUAUGCAUCUCACAGAGUCACAUGUCAUCUUGUGUUAGGAAAUAAGUCAAACUGGCAGUUCAUAUCUCUCUCACACACACAUGCACAUCUCCCUGACACAGCUCUGUUUCUUUGUGCACCUCAUCUCCUCCUCAGUGUUGGACAUCCCGUGCGAUUGUGCAAAAGAUGAACAAAGCAAAACUUCCACAACUGGCAUCAUAAUCGGCAUUCACAUCGGCGUCACCUGCAUCAUCUUCUGCGUGCUCUUCCUUGCCUUCAGCUAUCGUGGCAGGUGAGGGAAAACAACAAAAAUAACCUGCCAAUAAUUGUCGUAAGUCUGCCAUGUGUAUACUGCUGAUAAGUGUCUAAGCGUUCAUGUCCAUGUAAUCUCCAGGUUAAUGAUGUGUAAGACAGUUCAAGCCACCCCUCAGGCGGGGCACAGCACCGUGCUGGAAUCCUCUUCCUCUUCCCAGGGGGCCGCUGGACUGAAUGGAGCUGCCAGGAGAGAGAUGGAGGUCAACGGUAGCUCAGCAGGGAAGAAAACAGUCGACAGCAAUGAGCUCGAGAGACUUUUCACUCGACCAAACACACAAGACACAUGCAUGGUGAGUCCUGAUGCUAUGUUGUGGUAUAUAAGAAGUGAUGUUAAAGUGCUUGUUCGCCCAUUCAGGACUCUAUGUAUGUAUGUUUUUUUUACACAAAACAACAUACCCGGAGACCUUUCUUCUUGCAGCUUUGGUUAAAGUUUGAUUUAAGUCCCACAUGUCUGUCUAAAAUAUCUGAUAUCUCAUUAAGUGUAACAUUACCAUAACAGAUAAUACAAAAAAUGUAAAAAAAGGAGCUGAAAACUGGGCAAAUGUUGGGCUUAAUUUUUUGUUAUGAGUGAAAACUUUCUGCUUUUUGAGGUAAAUCAUUGAUCUUGAUAUAUUACUUGGAUCAACCUGUAUCUUUUUUUGUACCUUCAACAAACAAUGACCUGCAAAAUAUGCAUCUUUCAGUGCAGCACAAAAAACAAAGAAGCGAAAUGACACUGAAGGGGAUAUUCUGGCGUAAAAUUAAUUUAGGGUCAAACAUCAUAACACUGAGUUAGACACCCCCUCAAGAGAUGAAUGUUGCCGUUCUCUAGUUAUACCAACUUAAGUUACGACCGCACGAUAGCAAUACACAACAGUCUGAGGAGCCAUAAACAAACCUCAACCAAAACGCCACUCUAUAGCCACAAAUAAUGCUCAGAACAGCCCCUAACUUCAUCAACAGUACAUAUAGGGUCCUAGUCACCAAACAUCUUUUUAACUUUGUGUAAUUCCUUUAGCAAAGAGACCAAACACAACUCACCUACUCUCUUCCAGCAGCCGCUUGUUUGUACGGAGACUUCAGGCCAGUCCAUUACGGACUACAGCGGGGUGACGCAGCUCAAGGAAGAACAUUUAUGAUCAUUUUCUCAUGGAAAUGCAAUCAGACAGAGACCCUAAGAGAGAAGAACUACCGUGUCUGCAGUGCAAAAUGAUUAAUAUGGUGAUUAUUACUUCAAGGAAAUGAUAAAGUAAUGAUCAUAAAUGUUUUUUUUAGCUUUGCCUAAGAAAUUAGGCAAAGCUAAAAAGAUGUUUGGUGGCUAGAACUAUGGCUGGGACCCUAUAUGUACUUUUGAUGAAGUGGCUAUCGAGUGGCGUUUUGGUUGAGGUUUGUUUAUGGCUCCUCAGACCGCUGUGUAUUCUAUUGUGCAGUCGUCACUAAAGUUGGUAAAACUAGAGAGGCAAGCAGUCGGCGACAUUCAUCUCUCAGGGGGGUGUCUAACUCGGUGUUACAGUGUGUUUGACCCUAAAUUAAGUUUACGCCGGAAAAUCCCUUUAACAUCAUUAAUCCAUUAAUUCUAAAACAAUCAGGGAAUUCAGUGUCAGAGCAAUCACUCUAAACAGCUGCAGCAGAAACAAUACAGCUGUAGAAAACAGGCUGUGGUUGUGUAGGCAGAAGAUGCAGCUUGUGACGCCUACCUUGCCGUCUGCUUUGUUCCAUUGUCCAUACUGCAGAGUGAUUAAGGGCUAAAAAACUAUUAUUAAGCACUAAAUGGACUCUCUUUCUAACUCUCAUUAAUGACUACUGUUUGCUUGUUUUCAGUCCGACUCCUACACACUCAACGACACCCAGCUGUCCACGAUACCGCUGGAUGAGUUUGCGGUGGAACGGGAAACUCAGUUCCAGGAGCCUCCUGCAGCAGGAGUGAGUCAGCAGGACCAAGGCUAAAACACGUAUGAAGGCCAAUUCACACGGCACUGUCCACCACAGUGUCCUCUUUGACUCUUAUCUCACUCAGGUUGACAAGUUUUCCUUUCAAAGUAGUUUUUUUUUUUUUUUGUGCAAAGAUGUUUUUUUAUUGGUAAGUUAAGAAUAUGUAGAGGAUGUAGGACUGUAUAUCAGAGUUUUUUUUUGGCCGGGCAUUUCAAAGAGCUCUCCUCAGAUGGACGGCUGUCUGGAGACACGCAGGCCAGUUUAAUGUUCUUUAUUUGUACAAUUUGGUUCAAUUUUCUGGUGUUGGGCAGCACACAGAAUAGAGGCCCCAGAAUGUCCUUGUUAUACGAUGCUGAUUUUAUUUUUAAGUUUAUAAAUAUAUAUACAUAUAUAUCUUUAUUACCUAUAUGUCAAAGUGGAUUUAAGUUAUUGGUCUUAUCUCUACAUUUCUAUGGAUGUCAAAGACUCCUACUGCUGCCUACUCUCACCUACCAAUGAUUCCACCUUCUUGCUCACAGAAGACCUCAGCCUUCGUCCAGGGAUUGGAUCAACUCUGUCUCAGGACAUUGUUUCAGUGAUAUCAACAUUUUUUUAUGAUUUCUCGGCCUUCAUGCAGGCACUAGCCUUGGCUGUGUGAACCUUACGACUCAACAAAAACCUACCUCAGCCGGAAUGAAUGUGUUACGGGAAGUUUCUAGGAACAUAACCUUCCCCUGCUCUCACAAUUUUACUUCUUUACAUGCGGAGGAACUGAAGAUUACAAGAUCAGGUGCCGCACUACCUCAGAUGUCAAAAAAUCGUCCCUUCUUCUCUUGCUUGUCAAAGGGAACAAAAAAUAUUAUAAAAUGAAAAAAGGAAAAAAAAAAAAGAUUGAGUAUCCAACAUAAAGCACUUCCAAAUGCUGAAGUUAAUGUUCUACCUCAAGAUAACAAAGUUAAUGUUGUCGCUGUUGUUGUUGUUGUUUGUCUGUUUAUUGCAUAAUGAAAAACCCUCUUUUAUCCCUCUGUAAAAUCCUGGCUUCCUUUGAUGAAUAUGUUAUUUGUAGAUACAAUGUCGGUACCUCAUGCAAGUUGACAGACUAAUAACACUAUUGUAUGGAUUACAGUAUAUGAGGAAUAUGUUGGAAUGAUGUUGUUGAGCUUUUUUCAAAUGAUUUUCUUUUCUCACUUCAGUUCAGUGAGGUCCAGUUUGAAAUACACUGCAUUGCUUUACACUCCAGGACGAGAUGGUGUACAUAACUUGAUUGGACAAAAACGAUACAAUGUGGGGAUCAUAUACGGAAAUUCAGUUUUAUGUCUGUGUGCAGAUUUGUUUUAUUGAUUGAAUGGGUAUUUUCAUAUAUUUUAUGUUUGUAAAACAAGAAGAAAAUUAAGCACAAAUCUUAUCACAUUGUCUCAAAAUAUUCCACUAGAUUUUAGAACAGCUGGACAUUUUUGGAAAUAUGCUUGAUUAAUUUCUUGCUGAAAGUCAGAUGAUUCGUAACUGUUUUGAAUGGAUCAAACAAAAAAAAUGACAAAACCUGUAAAUUAUUGACUUUUGGAGGUUCUGGAGGGCAGAUGUUUUCAACUUUUGAUAAGCUAAGCUAGUUAUGUUUCUCUGUUUUUGAUCGUUUUCAGCUAAAAUACGUCAAAAUGACACUAUGCCAUUGAUUAGGUCAGAGAUCUGUAAAAGCAACAAUCUAGAUACCCACAACUUCUAAUGAUACAAAUUUACACCUCAAUAGUUUAUUCUGCAUAGAAACCAAAGUGUAAACCUGUCAGGUCACCGCUAAAUAGGGAGCUGAACUUACACACGCAGCUGCUUUAGUCACUGCCGUCUGGCGUCAGAGAUACUUUCCGGAUGUGAGAGGAGUAACCAACGCCUUGAACUUUCGACGCAACAAACAAACAAGCAUAUUUCCCCAAAUGUUCAGCUACUCUUUGCAUUUGAAGUGACAGCGGUGUAUUUCUGAUUUCACUCUGGAUAUUUGUAACUGCGGUGCUCUUAGUAGUUUAAUUUACUCGUCACAUGACCCAGCUCCUCCAUAAAGUUUUAGCCUUUAGACAUCCAGUGCCCAGGAGACAUGACAGUCGCUGAUUAUGCUUGAUUAUUGUUCCUCUCUUUCCAAAACCACAGUUGCUGCUCAGCCUUCUCCCUCCGUCAAUACUGACUAGUUAAGGUGCUUCAGGAACACCUUGUUUAACAAAACGUUGGGUGCUGACGAGCACACGCAGAGAGCCGGCUGCGGGUGAAAGCCGAUCAUUGAGCGGCAGUUCAGUGAUCACAUUUCUUCCCUCUUUGGCUCUGUGCUCUGUGCUGUCACAUACUGUCAUGCAUUAUUAUGGUUACCUACCUCAAACCUAUAUCUGGCCUUUUUCUCAGGUCUAAAUGAAGGAAAUAGACAGAUUAUGAAAAAUGGAGUACAGGAAUAUACACACAUAUACGUAUAUAUCUAUAUAUAACUGUGAAUAUUGCAGUUCACACACACAUGUUAGCCAGAGACAGACACACAGAUGGAGGGAGAACUUUAUGGAUCUUUAUCUCAUGCACUAAUUGUUCAAACGGUUCAUGAAUAGUUUUGGGUGGAUAUGACUGUGUUAACUUUGCCAGAUUUAUUUUUACUUCACAAACUUUAAAGCCUCAUGGUGUUCAGAUGUUAUUUUCUGUAAUUUUUUUUAAUGAGUGUAUCAAACUGAUGAAAGCAAAGUAGGUGACAUGUCCAGCUUUGGUUACACACAAAGUGAGUUCACUGAUUUUCUUUGAUGACUCAAAAACCGGACUCUCUACCCUGAUGAGGCUGUAUCUGUGUGAACUUAUUUUGAUGAUCAGCUGAGAGGGAAAACUGUCUUUUGCUGAAAUGUUUAAUAUUCUCCACCAAGCAACAAACUAAAGCAGAAACAAAUUAGUUUGAACUCAUUUAAAAAUUCAGAGUUGACCUUGUUGUGUCGUUUGCUACUCUUGAUGAUAUUUGUGAUAUUUAUGAAAUCCACUAAAAUUUAUAUUGAUGCCUUUUCAUAAUGUUCAAAAGCAAAUAAGACCAUCAGCAAAAAGAUUGAAGAUUCUAUAUCCUUAUUAUUAAUGCUUGAAACUAGUGUGAGGUAGCUGGCAGCUAAAAAAGAUUUUAAAAUUUUCACAUAAAACAUCGGCAGUGAACGAUGCAUUUGACUCAGAAGUCAGCAGGAUGAGAUUUUUGUCAAAAAUCACAACUUAAACAAGAAGGGAACAAGAAAAGCUAGGUGUAAUUUGUCCACAGGGGGCGCCAAAAUUGACACAACCCAAAAGCUCCCCACAGGAGCUUUAACUAACAGGCUGUUGUUGGUUUUUGCACAAAUGCCUUUUCUUUUUCCAUGCUUUCAUUCAUCUGUGAAAUUUAACUUUAAAUACUUCAUUUGUUUUGAAAAUUUAGCGUGCUAGUUAGCUUCUCUGAGUAACAACAGCAAUGUCAUCUUUUGGAGGCCAUAGGCUGUUUAUGAAGAAAUUGUUUGGUUGCGUUCGAUCCAGAUGAUAAAACUAAAGCUGUGCAUUGCAUUUCUUGUUCUUAGCUACAGAACUACCCACUGAGCAUUAUUUGGUCUAAUAGACGGCUACCACAGGUUUAAAGAUGAAAGUUUUGACCAAAUCUAAAUCUGGGCUAUAUCUAUACGAUACUGUAUAUUGCUCAAUUGCUAUCAUAAAUAUUUUGGUAAAGAACUUGGAGAUCAGUUAUGCAACUCACAGUUGCUUUUUGAAAUAAAUAGUAAUUGAAUAAUGGGUUAAAGUGCAACGUCCAAAUUUAGUCUAAAAAUAACCCAUACCUAGACGGUUGAAAUUAGGUCUAAAAAAAAUUAGAUGUCUAAUAGCCGUCUUUUGCUUAGUGGGUAGCUAAUUUAGCUCGCAAUUACAUACCUGAAAUGCUAGCAUCUGUGGCUAACAAGGCUACAUGGCCAACUCUGAAUAAAAGGAGGUUUUCAGUUUUCCCUACUUAGCUGACGUCGUAUGAUUGCAGCUUACUUUUCAGAGAAUUUGGGGUAAAAAAAAAAACACAUUUUCUUUUUUUGUCUCUGUAAAACACUAUCAUUAAACAGCCAUAUAAAUGACUACACAUGACGGUUGCACAUGUCACCACAGCAAACAUUUUCCGUUAAGUGAUUAUCAAAGGUACUGUAAUUUUAUGCCUUUUGAAUUCUGUGUUUGUGUUCACUAUUCUUCAUGCAUCUGUUUCUUGUGUUUUAUUGUACUCUCUGGUGUUAAUAUCAUGUUACAAGUGUUGGAAAGACGAUAAUGGUUCUUGUCAAAGCAGAACAUGCUCAUCCCUGAUAUCACCUGCUUGCAUAUUUAUUGACGACCAGUAUGAUAUCCUCUCUCAGUGCUGCUACAGCUGUAACCAGUGUCUUUACUUUUGGUGUUCUGAGUAAUUUCACCAAGAAAACAAGUCAUGUUUUUCUUCCUAUCCUCCUCCCCCGUGUCCCUCGGUGUAUUUUAAGGGUUAAUCGCCUCCUGCAGGAAGUUGCCUACGUCUCACCCGUAGCUGUGUCAGGUUUUGGUGCCAUACAGUUUAACCUGUCUCACUGGGAGUGUGGUGCAGUGAUGAUAAUGUUUAUGUGAUUAUACUUUGAUUGGUCAGGUUGUCAUAGUGCUGUAUAAUAGCAGAACUCAUGUGAUUUGACGGAGGCCUUAAAGCUAUUUUUACUAAGUGUCCAGUCCUUUGACUCCAUCAGCAGACGGAGUAUCCAGAUCCAGAUCCUUUUGUGGUCACAGUUAGUGAAAAAAACGGGGCCUUCGUCUUGUAUAUUUACCAGCCUUGGGAAGUGCUAUAUCACCAAACUCAGCUCCUGUCAGUAUACCAGCCUCCUUUUUCCUUUCUCAAGAUUUCUGACCUUCAGGCAGGGAGAGUGUGUGCUCAGGGACUCUCUGAUCCUCAUGUUGUAUAUGUAUCAACGGGCCACACUUGGCCUUCUGUACUUCGUUGCUCUCCUUAAAUUUGCUUUGUGCUUGGUAGUGGCAGUUUUAAUGUCAAGGAUGCCUCCUUUGUUUGUCUUCAGUGUAAGAGGAAGCUUUUGCAUGAUAUGAGAAUGUUUGCCACGUUCUAGAAACGCGAAGGGAAGAUCUCUAAGGAAACGGUUCAUCUGCAGAGUUUAGGAUUAACAUGAUUUUUUUAAUCUGCAUUUAAUACAGGGAAGUUAGAGUCAAAGAGAGAAAUGAGUUUUCUUUAAAAUGAGAGAUUCAAUCUGUUGAUAAUAAGCUUCAAAAUUAAAUUGAUAAAUCUUCAGUUUUGUAAGUAAGGAUGACAAAAAACUAUAAAAAGCUUUAAACAUCUGGAGUUUUGCAGCUGCCCUGUAUUAUUUGCAUGAUUAAUCCAAAAUUUGUGGGGUUAGAUUAUUUGUGAAAGCAGAGCAAGAAAUUAAAAACAGUCAGCUUGUGCUUCAGAAAUUUGGAGUUGCCAUCUUUUUAUGAUUUUAAGAGAAAUUUUGGAUUUCUCCAGAAUGAAAAUAAUCUUAAAUUGCAGCUGUAAGUUAAUAAGUAAGAACCAUCACCCUUUGUUACCCUCAGGUUUUCACAAAGAAGGCAUCCUAAACUGGACAUUUGCAGAUUUUGUUCGACAUUUCGAUGUGCCGGUUUAGGCUGCCCCCCUCUCUUAUUAUGCACUAAAUGAACACAGGUAACCAGAUAAGGUCAGGACUCGAUAAGCUGUCUGACAUUGUUUCACUUAAUAGUAUCUGCAGGUACAAUGUCGUAACUCAGACUCUGGCUUCUCCUUAAGUCCAAAGCCUGAUGCCUCUUCCUGAAGUUUCCCAUAACCAAUGUGAUAUUGAUCAUUGUGGCGCCAAAUGCUCAUCUGAUGAUUGUGAAUUGAUGACAUAUCUGAUGCAUUAAUCUCUGUGGUGUUUGGCUCUGAGACCCCGACAACUGUAGAUGUCAAAAAAAGCUGAAUUUAGUCAAAUGGUGACUUAAUGUAAUUGUGCUUAAAUGUUUGAGAUCGGUAUUAUAUUUUAUCUGUCUCUGUCAAUGAAGCAGAUUGAAUCCAUUGUGUUUCAAGGCGGUAGGCAGCGUAGAUCUGCAUGAGAAACAAAAAGCGUUAGUUACUCCCUAAUGGACAUGUGAUGGUAACACUGUGAUAUUUAGCCGACUUAACGGCAGAAUAAUGUUGUGAUCUCAAUAUGGUGCUAUUGAUGGUCCUGUCUCACACUGUCAGUCAAUCUGUUUUGAUGGCGUGUAUCGAUGAAAAUAGGUUGAAAGACCUUUCCCCCCCAUUGACCAAUGGGACUCUGUCCAGCCCUCGCUGAUGCCUGAUGAUGAUCACUCCAUCUUCAUCCUGUUUCCAUCCUCACAUGAGUGGCUCAGGGUGAGGUCCUGUCAGUCCUGCUACCUUUAAGCUCGUAUUCAUUUUCCCCUCACACACACUGUCCCUGCUCGAGGUGAAUGUCUGUCCUGUAUUGAUGUUGUCAACACCUGCCAUGGCUGUUCGCUCUGCAUGUGAUUGACCCCCCCUCCCUACACACAUCCUCUGUCGUUAGCGUCAAACAGGGAGGUCAAAAAGCAGCUUCUCAGUAAAAGAAAAAAAAACGUCUAAAUCUUCCUGUAAAGAGCACCAAGUAGCAGAUUAGAUUAGCUUUGUGUUUAUUUGUCUCAUUCUCUGUCUUGGCUUCAGUCUUGCAGCUCUGCAAACAAAAAAGUAUAAAGCCUAAAGGGAACAUUAUGCCAACAAACUGUUGUCAUAUCAAAUCAUGUAGGCGGCAGAAUAUUCUCUCGCACUUGCCUGUUGUUGUUGAUUUUCGUCAAGAAUUUCACUCAUAUGCUUGAGACUCAAGAACUUAAUUUAGAUCAUUUAAAGUUUCUUUUUUAGGCCAUUUAAACUUCCACAUCGUAUCCUGUUUAGCUAAAGUCCCACUUCGAUCGCUUUUUUUUUUUUUUUACUACUUAAAGUGCUCUCAGUGGCCGGUGUAGUAGAAGUAGCUAUUCUGCUCUCUGACACUUAUGUCUUUAGGGACACGCUGAAAGUUCGUAUCAUUAUUAGCUUUCUUACAAGUAUUGCAAUCUGCUAACACACACGCUUUUUCUGUGAUCAUCCUCUGUAUUUCUCCUCUAUAUGCAGAGUGGCCUGCAUAGCUUGGUUACGUAUGAUAUCUCUCUGUUUCUAAACCUGCCAUUUCGGUCUGCCAGAGAUUCACAGCGAUUUGAAUGAAGAAAUACGCAGAAAAGCAAUUUAGUUUUCUCAUGAUUUGCCCUGUAGCAUCAGAAAAAUGCAAUAUGAAAAUAUAAAAAACAAGAAAAACAUGAUUUUCAUCGGCAUGGGUCUUUAAGAGGUUGAAUAUAUUGUAACUGACACGCUUUUUAACAUGAACACAACUUGUACCAUUCAAGGUGUGUCACAAAGGACAGGGUCUCGCUCCAUUCAUCCCCCUCAGAGAUGGUUAGGGUCCAGUAGCUGCUCACACAUCUGCGCUCGGUAAAUGUCAUUAUUUCUGACACGCAAGACCAAUAAUACGCCAGAGACUUUCUGCGGAUUGAUUAGAUCUGAUCUGCAUUAGCAGGUUGCUUUUGCCGAUGGAGAUUAAUCAUCGUUUGGCGGGGGGGAGGUUGACCAAUCAGAAUGAAGUAUUUGACACAGCCAGGUAUUAAAUUAAUACUAUAUGUUAUGAUGAUUUAUGUGAUUUGAGGUGAAUUAUUUUCCCUAAAUUCUCACUUUGUUGUGGAAUCUUGGUAGAAAAUCUAACCACAACAAAAGGCAAGAGGGUAAAAACUGUCUCGCACUUUUUUUAUCGCCUCAGCAGAGUUGCUUUCACUGGAAUAGUUCACAGAAAGGGUAAAACUUCGACUAUAUCUAUGCAGUAUUUAUUUUUUCUAAAUCCUGCAGGGUUCAAACAUGGUGCCAACCUGAAACCAAAAACCAUAUGCAUUACCAGGCAUGUAAACUACUUGUUAAGUGUCUAAAACAAGCCUCAAAUGUUGUGUUACCUGUGUUUUAUUCAAGAAUCGAUCCAGCGUUGAGCUCACGUCUGUAAAGUCAUCCCAUGAUCUGUCUGUCUUCACGUCUGUCUGCCUGCUUGUCUGUCCGUUUGUCUCCUCCCACAGUUGAAUUCAGGUCAAAAAUGAGAUGAUUUAAUAAAGCAUUCUCAGAGCAUUGUCAGGGAUCGCUUCUCUAUGUUUCCACAAAGCUGUGUUUUACACUCUCUCUAGACCAAGGUGUCACCGUUAUGAAUCUGUACACACACACACUUACAGCGUGUACUGUAUGUGUGUAAAAACGGCAAAAUAGACCAUUUUUAGUGGUUUGUAUUGUUUUAGGGUUUGUUGUGCAAAACUGAAGAAAAACCAAUAAC